AGUUUCUGCCCUGCCCUGAGGAACGAUGAUCUUUAUUUUGCCUCCCUUGCCUUGGCACCAAGACUAGUUCUGAGUUUGUAUCUUGAGAGCCAGCAUGCAACUCCCUGCGCUUCUGCGCCACGAAGGAUUCCUUGAGGAGAAACGCGGGUCCUCCUGGGGCGGAGGCGUGGCGGGCGGGGGGCGGCGUUUUUGAACCUAUGCUAAUUCCGCUGCUGGGCCCCGAGGUCUCGCCAGCCCGGCAGCAGCGCUCGGCGGCGAGGGUGGGGAGGGGGAGGCCGGGGCGAGUCUUAAAGGGCCCGAGCAUGCCGCUGCUUUUGUGACAGGGUCCUUUGAUCCCGAGGAGCCGCGCCGCCGCCGGCUGAGGCAGGCAGUUGUCGCCGGGCGAGGAGGAGGAGGAGGAGGAGGAAGACAUGCGCCCGUUGCCAUCAUGGAGAUAAAAGACACGGGCAGCGUGGUCCUGACAGCCUACCACUCUUACACCCCAUCCCGGCUGGAGCCCAGCUUCGCUCCGGAGAGCCCCCCCAGCCGGUCGCCUCUCAGGUAAAAGGAAGCGCGCGGGGAGCUGGCGAGGGGCGAGCUUUUGUCUCGAGGUCCGUCAUUGUGUGCGCGCGCGAGAGAGAGGCAGACAGGAGAGCGUGUGAGGGUCGCCCUCAGACACGCUCCUUCUCCCGUCCCUGCUUUUCUCCUCGUUUUCUCGUGAGGCGCCGAGGAAGUCUCCCUUCCUCUUCCCGCUGCAGUUUUGGCUGCGCCCUUGACCAGACGUGCGUCGAGGGAGCGGGGAGGGAGGCAGGGAGACGGGUUGGCGAAAGGUCUUCCGUUUAAAGUCUCCGGAGAGCUGCGGAUCAAGUUUGUUUGCUGGCCGAGAUGGGCGUUCAGAUAACCUGCCGAGAAGCCGCGAGGGAAUGAAGCGGGAGGGAAAGAGAGCGGAGGAAUGGUCACUUAUGGACGAGAUGCACCGUUUAGGAAGGGGAAGAGUCAGCUGAUAGUCAGAGCCGGUUUCAUAGGCAAACUUGAGCAGUUUUCCCUUCUCCCCAGUUCAUAUAUAAACUCACAGGAUCAGAAGGGACCCUGAGCAAUUUUUCGCCCAACGUGGGGCUCGAACCCGCGACCCAGAGAUUAAGAGUCUCGUGCUGAGCUAUCCCAGUGUAAUCCUAGGCAUGGCUACUCAGAAGUUAAGUCGCCCCGAAUUCUGUGGGGCUUUUAGCUAAAGUGGACACAGGAUUGCAGCCUAGGUGAUUUAUUUUUUUGGAGCAGGGUCAUUUAUUAUCAUUGCACACCCUUUGGUUUUUAGAUAUCUGCUGAUAUUAUAUGAAAUGCCUAACCCAUCUCAUCCCAAGGGCAGGUCACAAUAAUUCAUGCAAGGCAGAAACAAGAUUGAGCAGAAACAAGGAUAUUUAAUGUAUUUAUUACAUUAUAAAAUAUUUCUCACAUACAGAAGGUCAGGAGAGAUGACCAUUACAAGAGUUUUCAUCCAAACGCCAGCAAUCCCCACAAGCAGGAAUUUCACAAUAUUAAGUGUGUAUCUUGCAGACAUUCCUUGCAUUUGUCCCAGAUAAGUUUGCUGAUAAAGGAAAUUGUUUGGGUAACAUCUUCCCUAGUGAUACCUUUGGUCUUAGUGAAGCUGACCUUUCUUCUAAAGACCAGCCUGUUUUAGCUAAUGUCAGCAAAUGAUAUGUUUGUGGAAGUCUGUAGAGUUGGGGGGUUGUAUUUUCCUGGAAAUGGGAAGUUCUCCCGUUUUAGAAAUGGAAAAAAGUUAACAUGCAUAAAAUUAAGAUAUUAAAGCAAUAGUCAUAUGCUACAUUCUUGGAACUUUAACAAUGACCAGUGCAAAUAUUAUAGUAGCCAAACUAAGGGCAUGCUACAUUCUACAUUACAGCCAUCAGCAGGUGUCAGUUUAAGCUUAGAGGCCUACUAUGUGGAUUGAACAAUCUCCACACUGCCACAAAUGACCAAAGGUGUGCAGGUGUCAUGGGGGCAAUGAACAAUAUGCACAAUGAAUUGCUUUUCGUAAACAACUUGCCAGAUAGUGUUUUAGUCCUAUGUGAAAUAAUUUAAAACAUGGAUAAGGAACUUGUGGCCAGGGCUGGAUUUAGAGCUGUGUGAGCAGUGUGCAUGCAUUGGGUGCUGAGAUGAGGCAGCUGUCUGAGGCACUGCCUUUCCAAAGGCGAGGUAGGGUCCUAGAGCCCUCCCACCUACUUCCCAAAGCUGGGAAAGCGCUAACUAGGCUUGGCUUGGCUUUGGGAAGGCAGCGCUACAGCUGGAGAGGGAGGGUGGGUGCCAAAUUUUGGCCUUCCACAGGGUGCCACGGAACCCAAGUCCACAACUGUUGUGGCCCUCCAGAUGUUGUUGGACCCUAUUCCCAUCAGCCUCAGGCAGCAUGGCUGGUAGUCAGGUGUGAUAGGUGUUGUAACAGGGAUGAUGGGUGUUACAGCCACACAUUUUCCAUCUCGGACUGAAAGCAAUUUCCAUGCCAGUCAUCAUGUCAUUGUAUACCAAUCCAAAAUUAGAAGAAAUAGGCUGGAGACUAUAAUGUGUGACAGUUUGGUACGGAUUAUAAUUCUUCUGUGGAGUUUGUGAAUGGCUUGUGGCACGUUGUGUCUGGGUUGUUGUUGUUGUUUUGUUUCAUUUCCCCAUCUGAAACAGUAGUUGUGAUAUAUUUAUAGGAUGCUCAUGUCCAUAAAAAGUCUUCUAUUUUAUAUUCAUUUUAUAGCACAAUUUUAUUCAGAAUUAAGGCCAACUGUGGUUAGUAGCAUUCAUUCAUGGCAUAUUUGCUUAGGAUUGCAGCCUGGGAAUUGGCAUUAUAGUGAUUGUAUUAAUUUACUCAGAUUUCAAAAAUAUAUUGUGGGUGUUAGCUGUUUUGUGGAUCCAAAUUGUAUGGAAAGGUAAGAUAGAAAUGAAUUAAAUAUUUAAACAUUUUGCAUGAAUGAGUGUCAGUGUGUGAAGGCCCUGGGAUCAACGUAGGAUUGCUUUUUCUUUUCUUUCCUAGUGUGAUAUCAAAUGCAUUAAAAUAAUAGGAGGAAAUUUGAGGCCUACAUCCCUAGCCCUAAGCCCAGUGGCCCAAGAAUGUAGAGUGAUUGCUAACAGGGAAAUAUAUAUAGCCUUUGGUAGAUUUUAAUGAAUAAAUCAACUCUUAAUUCCUUAGAACCUUGGACCGAAAGAAACUAAGUCAAAGUCCAGUAUAUCCAGUCCACUUGUCAUCUAGAUAGUUUCACAGCACAGAUGGCAUUGGCAUUCAGUUAUCUAGCAGUGUUUUUGGGGAGAAUGUUAAGUAUUUUAAUGCUGAUAUUCAUGUGUUUGGUUUGAUUUAUGGGACUUGAAAUCUAUGGGACUUGAAAUAUGCUUAAUUUAGUGACCUUAUAAAAAAUUAUUAUUAUUAUAAGGUUAGCCCAUCUGGCAGUUGUGGUUGGUUUUUUUUUGGGGGGGGGAGAUAAAAUGAUGUUUGAUAUGCAUAGUUGGCAUCCCUAGUAAUAAGAACAACACAGUAAUGACUCAGUGUUAAAUUAUUGCUGAAACCAUCAUUUCAUUAUCAGGGAGCAGAAAGAAAAUGGCUUGGAUCCAGAGCACUCGUGAGACACUCCUGCUGGAGGAAGGGAGGAGAUGAUUUUUUUUUUUUGCUGAAUCCUCCUUCACAUUGCAGACCUUUGUGCCCACUGAAAAGUUGCUCUGGAGGAGUGUGGAAGGCAGGAUAGGGAGCCACAGGUGAAUCAGCAAUACCCAUUCUUCCAGUAGCAGCUUCCUCUGGAUCUCAUCCCCUUCCACAAAUGGAAGGAGCCCUUCCAUUCACAGAAUGGACCCAAUAAAUUUUAAAAUACAACAUUUCUGUUACUUAAACAAAAGAGUUAUGUUGUGUCAAUUCAUGUUGCUUCUAAUAAUAGUUUAUAAACUCGCUUGAGUUCCAAACUCUGAAGUUGUGCCGGGAAAGAAUACAAAUAAGAACUACUAUUCAGAAAUAUAAAUGAAAACUUUAAGCUACUUUAUAGGAUACACAUAUGAACAGCAAGUUUCUUAAGCUCCUGUAAUGUUUUACACACACACACACACACACACACACACACCCUCUCCCAGUGAAGUUGCCCACUUCCUGCAGCUGUCUGGUUGCAGUAAGUGGUUUUUGCCAUAUGGGCAGUCAGAAACUCCAUCUGUGUUUCCGAAGCUUGCUGUGGAAAGAGGUUGUAUUACCUCAGCAUGUGGUCCAGUGGAAUGCAGAAUGCAUGAAAGAAAAUGUACUAGUUGUUUUAGCAAAGGACAGAAAAGUCUGUGUUUGAAUCCAUGGCCUUUUUCCUUCUUCAAAUUCUUUCUAAUAAGUAUUGUUAUCAUAAUUAUUCUCCGUUUUCUGUCUCCAGUUAGUACAGUGUGUUCACUUUGGGUUCAUUAAGACAGCAAUCUGGAAAAGGGUUUUCUUUAGCUAAAGAUAUUUUUUUUAAAAAAAACCUACAGUUUUUCUUAUGUUUAGUAAUUGGACCUUGGAGUCUCAUUCUACUUUGACCACUUUGAUUAUGCAGAUGAAACAUGCAUAUAAAAUUAGUUGAAUAAUUUGUUAUUUAGUACAUUUAAAAGUGUAGAAAUGAAGAAUUUAAAUUUAUAAAUUCAGUUUCUUGCUUUCAUUAAAAAGCUAAAAAAAAAAAAUGAACAGCAAAGUUUAGUUUUUAACAUAGUACAGUGGUACCUCAAGUUACAUAUGCUUCAGGUUACAUACGCUUCAGGUUUCAGGCUCCACUAACCCAGAAAUAGUGCUUCAGGUUAAGAACUUUGCUUCAGGAUGAGAACAGAAAUCGUGCUCCGGCAGCGUGGCGGCAGCAGGAGGCCCCAUUAGAAGUGGUGCUUCAGGUUAAGAACAGUUUCAGGUUAAGAACGGACCUCCGGAAUGAAUUAAGUACUUAACCCGAGAUAUCACUGUAUUGACAGACCUCAUGGGGAUACUUCACACACCAACACACACACCCCCAGUCCACUAGAGCUAGCUAUUUCCUCUUGUGUUGCACUAGUGUGGUGAUUAUGCAGGAAAAUAUACUUCUAAUUUGUAUGAAGUUCAUUAACUGUUUUGAUGUGAUAUGAUAUAAGGUGGCUAACCCCUUUCACGUCUCCGCUCCUCCACAUGCAGCUGCUGGGUGACCUUGGGCCAGUCACACUUCUUUGAAGUCCCUCAGCCCCACUCACCUCACAGAGUGUUUGUUGUGGGGGAGGAAGGGAAAGGAGAAUGUUAGUCGCUUUGAGACUCCUGAAGGGGAGUGAAAGGCGGGAUAUCAAAUCCAAACUCUUCUUCUUCUUCUUCUUCUUCUUCUUCUUCUUCUUCUUCUUUCCUGCAGGAGCUGCCUGCUAAAGUGGCUGUGGCCCAAAUAGAAAAGUAGGACGUGGUCAUGGUAUAAAAGUGGGUGUGACUGUGGUGGAAAAUUAAUACCCUUUUCAUUACAUGCUGAAUAUAUAGAAUAAAGCAUGGCUAUGGUUGUUUCUCCUUUGUGAUUUUCCUGGUACUGAGGAAGCGACUACUUUUAGUUGGUGUUCCAAAAUCCAGUGGGUUCAUCUUGUAUGAAGUUGGUUCUUUGCAUAUACAGUUGUACCUCGGGUUACAGACGCUUCAGGUUACAGACUCCGCUAACCAAGAAAUAGUACCUUGGGUUAAGAACUUUGCUUCAGGAAGAGAACAGAAAUGGCGCAGUGGCGGCAGCAGGAGGCCCCAUUAGCUAAAGUGGUACCUUAGGUUAAGAACAGUUUCAGGUUAAGAACGGACCUCCAGAAUGAAUUAAGUUCUUAACCUGAGGUACCACUAUAUAGUAGCAUUGGAAAAACCUGUUCUUCCUGAUUUGUUGUUGUUGUUGUUUAGUCGUUUAGUCAUGUCCGACUCUUCGUGACCCCAUGGACCAGAGCACGCCAGGCACUUCUGUCUUCCACUGUCUCCCGCAGUUUGGUCAGACUCAUGUUUGUAGCUUCGAGAACACUGUCCAACCAUCUCGUCCUCUGUCGUCCCCUUCUCCUUGUGCCCUCAAUCUUUCCCAACAUCAGGGUCUUUUCCAGGGAGUCUUCUCUUCUCAUGAGGUGGCCAAAGUAUUGGAGCCUCAGCUUCAGGACCUGUCCUUCCAGUGAGCACUCAGGGCUAAUUUCCUUAGGAAUGGAUGUGUUUGAUCUUCUUGCAGUCCAUGGGACUCUCAAGAGUCUCCUCCAGCACCAUAAUUCAAAAGCAUCAGUUCUUUGGCGAUCAGCCUACUUUAUGGUCCAGCUCUCACUUCCAUACAUCACUAGUGGGAAAACCAUGGCUUUAACUAUACGGACCUUUGUUGGCAAGGUGAUGUCUCUGCUUUUUAAGAUGUUGUCUAGGUUUGCCAUCGCCUUUCUCCCAAGGAGCAGGCGUCUUUUAAUUUCGUGACUGCUGUCACAUCUGCAGUGAUCAUGGAGCCCAAGAAAGUAAAAUCUCUCACUGACUCCAUUUCUUCCCCUUCUAUUUGCCAGGAGGUGAUGGGCCCAGUGGCCAUGAUCUUCGUUUUUUUGAUGUUGAGCUUCAGACCAUAUUUUGCGCUCUCCUCUUUCACCCUCAUUAAAAGGUUCUUUAAUUCCUCCUCACUUUCUGCCAUCAAGGUUGUGUCAUCUGCAUAUCUGAGGUUGUUGAUAUUUCUUCCGGCAAUCUUAAUUCUGGCUUGGGAUUCAUCCAGCCCAGCCUUUCGCAUGAUGAAUUCUGCAUAUAAGUUAAAUAAGCAGGGAGACAAUAUACAGCCUUGCCGUACUCCUUUCCCAAUUUUGAACCAAUCAGUUGUUCCAUAUCCAGUUCUAACUGUAGCUUCUUGUCCCACAUAGAGAUUUCUCAGAAGACAGAUGAGGUGAUCAGGCACUCCCAUUUCUUUAAGAACUUGCCAUAGUUUGCUGUGGUCAACACAGUCAAAGGCUUUUGCAUAGUCAAUGAAGCAGAAGUAGAUGUCUUUCUGGAACUCUCUAGCUUUCUCCAUAAUCUAGCGCAUGUUUGCAAUUUGGUCUCUGGUUCCUCUGCCUCUUCUAAAUCCAGCUUGCACUUCUGGGAGUUCUCGGUCCAUAUACUGCUUGAGCCUUCCUUGUAGAUUUUUAAGCAUAACCUUGCUAGCGUGUGAAAUGAGUGCAAUUGUGCGGUAGUUGGAGCAUUCUUUGGCACUGCCCUUCUUUGGGAUUGGGAUGUAGACUGAUCUUCUCCAAUCCUCUGGCCACUGUUGAGUUUUCCAAACUUGCUGGCAUAUUGAGUGUAGCACCUUAACAGCAUCAUCUUUUAAAAUUUUAAGUAGUUCAGCUGGAAUACCAUCACUUCCACUGGCCUUGUUAUUUGCAGUGCUUUCUAAGGCCCAUUUGACUUCACUCUCCAGGAUGUCUGGCUCAAGGUCAGCAACCACAUUACCUGGGGUGUACGAGCCAUCCAUAUCUUUCUGGUAUAAUUCCUCUGUGUAUUCUUGCCACUUCUUCUUGAUGUCUUCUGCUUCUGUUAGGUCCUUACCACUUUUGUCCUUUAUUAUGGUAAUCUUUGUACGAAAUGUCCCUUUCAUAUCUCCAAUUUUCUUGAACAGAUCUCUGGUUCUUCCCAUUCUGUUGUUUUCCUCUAUUUCUUUGCAUUGCUCGUUUAAGAAGGCCUUCUUGUCUCUCCUUGCUAUUUUUUGGAAAUCUGCAUUCAAUUUCCUGUAUCUUUCACUAUCUCCCUCACAUUUUGCUUGCCUUCUCUCCGCUAUUUGUAAGGCCGCGUUGGACAGCCACUUUGCUUUCUUGCAUUUCCUUUUCAUUGGGAUGGUUUUUGUUGCUGCCUCUUGUAUAAUGUUGCAAGCCUCCAUCCAUAGUUCUUCAGGCACUCUGUCCACCAAAUCUAAAUCCUUAAACCUGUUCCUCACUUCCACUGUGUAUUCAUAAGGGAUUUGACUUAGAUUGUAUCUUACCGGCCCAGUGGUUUUUCCUACUUUCUUCAGUUUAAGCUUGAAUUUUGCUAUAAGAAGCUGAUGAUCUGAGCCACAGUCCGCUCCAGGUCUUGUUUUUGCUGACUGUAUAGAGCUUCUCCAUCUUUGGCUGCAGAGAAUAUAAUCAAUCUGAUUUCGAUGCUGCCCAUCUGGUGAUGUCCAUGUGUAGAGUCGUCUCUUGUGUUGUUGGAAAAGAGUGUUUGUGAUGACCAGCUUGUUCUCUUGGCAGAACUCUAUUAGCCUUUGCCCUGCUUCGUUUUGAACUCCAAGGCCAAACUUGCCAGUUGUUCCUUUUAUCUCUUGACUCCUACUUUAGCAUUCCAAUCCCCUAUAAUGAGAAGAACAUCCUUCUUUGGUGUCAAUUCUAUAAGGUGUUGUAAGUCUUCAUAGAAUUGGUCAAUUUCAGUUUCUUCAGCACCAGUGGUUGGUGCAUAAACUUGGAUUACUGUGAUGUUAAAAGGUCUGCCUUGGAUUCAGUAUCGAGAUCAUUCUAUCAUUUUUGAGAUUGCAUCCCAAUACAGCUUUUGCCACUCUUUUGUUGACUACGAGGGCCACUCCAUUUCUUUUACGGGAUUCUUGCCCACAGUAGUAGAUAUGAUGGUCAUCCGAACUGAAUUCGCCCAUUCCCAUCCAUUUUAGUUCACUGAUGCCCAGGAUGUCAAUAUUUAUUCUUGCCAUCUCAUUUUUGACCACAUCCAACUUACCAAGGUUCAUGGUUCUUACAUUCCAGGUUCCUAUGCAAUGUUUUUCUUUACAGCAUUGGACUUUCCUUUCGCUUCCAGGCAUAUCCGCAACUGAGCGUCCUUUCGGCUUUGGCUCAGCCGCUUCAUCAGCUCUGAAUCUACUUGUACUUGUCCUCCGCUCUUCCUCAGUAGCAUGUUGGAUGCCUUCCGACCUGAGGGGCUCAUCUUCCAGCAUCAUAACUUUUAUAUGCCUUUUGUCUUUGUCCAUGGAGUUUUCUUGGCAGGGAUACUGGAGUGGCUUGCCGGUUCCUGCUCCAGGUGGAUCACGUUUGGUCAAAACUCUCCACUAUGACCUGUCCAUCUUGGGUGGCCCUGCAUGGCAUAGCUCAUAGCUUCUCCAAGUUAUUCAAGCCCCUUCGCCACGGCAAGGCAGUGAUCCAUGAAGGGGGUUCUUCCUGAUAGGUGGUCCCAAAUCUUAAGUGGGUGUUUCUUUGUUGUUGGAAAAUUUCUCUGUGGUUGUGCAGAGCUCAUAGAACUCCAACACUUCCAUGGUUCUUUGUGGCAAGAUAAGUUCCAUUUGAUAUUCCUCUGGUAUAUUUGAUAAUUCCACAGUAAAGUGUAACACCAAAAUGCUGUUUAAGGUUCUGGAAGUGCACAGUAAAGUUCUGCUACUGUUUUAGAAUUAUGUCUUCAAAUGACUGGGAAAUAUGUUGUACGCAGUAUUGCCCUUCCUAGCUGGUGUUGAAAAGCCUUAGAAUAGAAAAAGCCUUCUUGUAGAAUAGUAAUCAGCUGGUUUUGCAGUUCAGUGUUCAGCUAUUUUGUGACAUCUACCACAAAUGCCAGGUCAGCCACUAUUUGUCACUCAGUUCUUCAGCUGGCUUCCCAUUGGACCUCAUGAACAGUUUCAUUUCUUCACGGAGCUCAUAAAACUUCUUUAGUGCAGUACCUCUGCUCAGCUGUUAUACUUCACAUAGUCAGAUUAAGGUUCUUCAGAAACUCUUUGAUCUAGCAACUGUUCAACCUCCGGCUGUUUAUAAAGCCAAUGCAGGAAAUUAAUUGAUUGAUUUGAUUUGGUUUAUUGUAUUACUAUGCAUCUUUUCAUUCAAAUGAAUCUCAAAGUUACUUACAAACAAACAAACAAACAAACAAUAAAUAAAUAACAAUAACAUAAUAGAACAUCACAAAACAGCAUAAAUAGUAUAAAAUAAUUAACAAAUCACCAACAAAACAAUUACAAUCUGUAAAUCACUAUUAACAAAACAGCAACAGUCAUGGCAAUAUUACUAUCUAUUUAGGUCAAGCUAAUUUCACACCUAUAACUGGAAAGAACCCCAUAGUUCCAAUUAAGUCCAAACUGAGUAGAAUCAAAUUUCUGAAAAUUUUUAGAGCAGGGGUAACAGACUAACAUAGGUGCUCCUCAGGAAGGAAGGAAGUCUUAAACUAGCACCCAAAAGUUGGGAACUGUCAGCACCAAGAAGGCCUCACUUAGGACAGUAUUCCACAGGGGGGAAUUAUUCAGUAAUUAUUUUUCAGUUCUGCCUUCUUGUUUGCGCCUCCACCGUGUUUCCUGGUUUAUUUUCCAGUUCUGACGUGCUCUUUAGUUCUGGCUUAUGCCUUGAUUCUGUUUCCUGGUUUGUUCGUUGGUUCUGGCUUGCUUUGUCCCUUGGCUCACUCCAGACUGCUACCCAUGAUCAUGCCCUGACUUAGGGUAUGCAUAGGGAGGUUGUUGCCAGCAUAGCUAGUCAGCAUUUUUUUGGCUUGUCCAUCCUAUUUUGCAUUUUAGUUCCACCCCUUUACUGGGGGCUGUUACCACCAGCUGUGCCAAUUUGCUGAUGUCAUUACCACUCAAAUGCCUUUAUAAUGCCCCACAAUUGAAUUGUCAGCAUUCUUUGUCUGUUGUGUUCCAUAAUCAGCUUUACUCAGUAUUACUGUGCUACACCUUGUUAUAUGACUGCUAGUAGCCCAUGAUGCUGUAAUAGUCAAUGAUGUGGGUUGCUUUGUAAUGCCAGCAAAGUUCUAGAGAUUGUGACAUCACAUUACAUUCAUAAGUGAGCAUGCAAUGUCAUAAAACAUGUGGCAGUGUAAUGGCUUAUAGGAUCAGGCUGUAAGCAUUUUUAUUCCAUUUUCUUUACGUUAUUUAGAAGCCUUUGGCACAAAUUAAAACUCAGUUCAUGGGAUGAGUUCAACAUUUAUUUAUUUAAUAAAAUGUAUACGCUGUAUGAUUGUAAAAAAACCCACAACCUUAAAGCUGUAAACAAAGUUAAAAUACUAAAACUGAUUGAAAUUAUCUCAGCUUUCUAAGCAUAUGGGUAGGCUUGUCCAAACAAUAAUGUUUUUAGCAGAUGCUGAAAAGGGAAUCAUGAAGGUCCCUGCUUGAUCUCAAUAGGCAGGGAGUUCCAAAGUGCAUGUUUUGCCACUCUAAAUGAUUGAGUUCUUUCUUCUAUGUGAAACAGGUGUUAUGUAGCACCUGUAGUAGUACCAAUUUCACUGAACAAAGCAUGUGAGUGGACACAUGUGGGGUACGGUGAUAUCAUGGGUAAACUGGUCCUAAGUCGUUAAGGGCUUUAUAUACUAAUAGUAACACCUUGAACUUGGCCCAGUAUCAAAUUGGCAAUCAGUGCAAAUCUCUGAGCACAGGUGUUAUAUGCUGACAAGGCCUCCUUCCUGUCAGCAAUUGUGCCACAGUAUUCUGCAGCAACUGCAGCUUCCAGAUCAAGCGCAAACCAUUACAUAGAGUGCUUUGCAAUAAUCCAGUCUUGAAAUUACCAACACAUGAACUACUGUGGUAAAGCUUUCUUGGUUCAGGAAUGGCCCUAGCUGUCAAACCAGUUGCAGUUGGUAAAAGGCACAUCUAGCCAUUGAGGCUACUUGAGCCUCCAGCGAUAGAACUGGACCCAGAAGUGCCCCCCAACUGUGAACCUGAUCCUUCAAGGGAACUGCAACCCCAUCCAUGGUAGAAAACUGACCAAUUUCUUGGACACAGGAGCUACUCACCCAUAUGGAAUAAACACAGAAUUUAUUUAUUUUUUAAAGGUAGGGAUUUUUCCAUUCCAUUAUUGUUCUGUGAGUUUGUUCUACUGAACAUUUUGCUCCAUCUGGUUUCUGGUUUAAACUACUAGAAUGUCUUAAAAUUCUUAAAAGCUUUCUAGGACUGAAAAAAAAAGUAUCUGGAUUGCUUCACAGUUAAGUUUAUUUUUCAGUGUACUCUAGAGAUUGUUAGCUCCAUUGUUUUAUUUGCUAUGUUUCAUAUACCAAUGAUUAGAUGCAUAAUUCAUUGCUGACUAAUUUACAUUUUCUUACUGUUUCUCAUAAAGGCAAAAUACUGGCAGGGUUUCUUUUUUACUCCAAUUGAGUUCAUUAAUCUAAUUGAAAAUGAAACAUGUGGGUUUCAGCAGAGGUUAAUCCCAAAUGCAUUUAUCUUCAUACUAGGUUAUUUACUUACAGAAGACUAGUCUCCAGGGAUAGUUCAGUAUGCCAACCAAUUUUGGAAGUCACCUAUAGCACAUAGGGGCAUGUACAAACAUGCACAUUCCUUUUUACUUUGUUUUACACACUUGCUGAGUUUCCUUUUCCGAAAGGUGAAGUAAGCCUCCAUGGUGGCAUGGUUCAGACAUGCCAUUCCCAAUCCAACAAACCAUGGUUUGUUGGAAUGCAAAUGACAAUGAGCUCAAGCGUUCCCGUUCCCCUUUUGUCUGCCCAGCUGCAGAGGAAACUACCACAUGUGAUUUAAAGUACUCUUCACAAGUUAGUAAACCAAACCAGGGAGCACUUAAAUCACAGUGUCCUGUUUUGGAUAUCACAGGGAAGUUGUAAUUUAACAAACUAGGAAGCCUUUUCUAUAGCUGAAUGUCCAAGAAGAGGAAGGAAAGAGAGAAGAGGAGCUCAUGUCCAUCUCUAAUUCUUAUGUUGUUGUUGUUUAGUCGUUUCCGACUCUUCGUGACCCCAUGGACCAGAGCACGCCAGGCACUUCUGUCUUCCGUUGCCUCCCGCAGUUUGGUCAAACUCAUGCUGGUAGCUUCGAGAACACUGUCCAACCAUCUUGUCCUCUGUCGUCCCCUUCUCCUUGUGCCCUCCAUCUUUCCCAACAUCAGGGUCUUUUCCAGGGAGUCUUCUCUUCUCGUGAGGUGGCCAAAGUAUUGGAGCCUCAGCUUCAGGAUCUGUCCUUCCAGUGAGCACCCAGGGCUGAUUUCCUUCAGAAUGGAUAGGUUUGAUCUUCUUGCAGUCCAUGGGACUCUCAAGAGUCUCCUCCAGCACCAUAAUUCAAAAGCAUCAAUUCUUCGGCGAUCAGCCUUCUUUAUGGUCCAACUUUCACUUCCGUACAUCACUACUGGGAAAACCAUAGCUUUUACUAUACGGACCUUUGUUGGCAAUUAUACUAUACGGAUUAUUAUACUAUACGGACCUUUGUUGGCAAUUCUUAUAGUUUGUUGGAAUACUGCAUCUGACCCAGGUUGAUAUCUCAUAGGUAAAGAAUCUUAGAGAUAAAAUACCGAUUGCAAUGGUUCCUGUUGAGUGUUUCAGGUAUCAGUUUAGUGUUACUGCACUUUUCAACUAUAUGUCUAUUCUUAGCAGAAUCAACACCAGUGGCAGAGUCGAAAUCGGCACCUGCAGUACCAAAUGUGUGCUUCUGCUUCAGUUCUCAUCAACUCUUUUUUGAUAGGUAAAGCAGUAAUGUAUAAAGUCCCCUAACUGAGGUCAUGCAAUACUGUACCAAUACAUUUGUGGCACUGCUCCAUGGACUUCUAAGCAACUGUUAAAUUUUCACCAUUUAAAAAAAAUUGUAUCCUAGGCAAAUUGUUGAAUUACUUCAUAAUGCGUUGGUGCAAAAUGGUUUAGAAGCUGCUGCAUCAUAAGCUACCAAUCUUCUAUACCUGCCUACCUCACUGAUCUGGAGAAAGUAUAGCGGCACUCCAUGGUCACUAUAAUCUUGGUCUGAUUGUCUGGCAGAUCUGAUUGAGCAGGCCCUGCAGUUCACAUUUAUAUACAAAUGAUGUCAAACCCCUUCUGUUAAGGUGCAGUGUAAACAAUCUUAACUAUUUUUGAUGUUUAUCUCAUGGUACAAUAAACUUUCUCAGGGGACAGGAAUACACACACAAAAACACCCUUCUUUCAAUAACAUCUUUUAAAACAUCCCAAAGUUUUCAUAGACAUUGAGUAUUUGUUGUUGAAAUCUUAAAUUUCAGAGUGCAUCAAAAUUCUAAAACAGAACUUGGUUUAAUUCAGUUGCUCAUGUAAAAUAAGCUGUAACCUAGGAAAAAUGUGAAAGGCUGUAUCUUUUUUGAGGGGUAGUGGUAGAGAUAAGGGAAGAACAGCAUAUGACUUAUUUCACAGACUGGAAUUUUAAACAGCUUCUUAACUGGAAUUUUAAAACCCGUUUAAACAUCUCUCUACAAAUUAUUAUUAAACCAUUCAGGAGGUAAUGCUUAUAAAUAGGCAGACAAUAGUAGACUCACUUUUUCCUGUAGGCUUUAGAAACAUCUACAACAUGUCCUUUGAGACCUUCACUAAGGAAUGCAGUAUUUAUAGUCUUUAUAGAAUUUCAUGUUAUGGUUGAAACUAGAGUUGGCUUCUCUGAUUUCUUUAGUAUGGUGCCCCUGCUGAUUUCCCUGGUGCUUUCAUAUGCAGAACUUAUGGAAAACAUCUGGCACUGUCUUUUUGAUCAGCUUGUCAGUUGAACAUUUGGCCAGCUGCCAUCCAUUCAUUUUAGCCAUGUCACUUAUGGCACAUUGAUUAAAUGAUGCUUAAAGCUGCCUGGAAAAGGAAAAGAAAUAGUAGUGGAUUCAGGGAAUUAAAAAAAAUAAUAAUAAAGAACAGGGUCCAAUCUUCUAGGUCAAGGAAAGCCUAGACAAAAAUGUAUCUCUUUACAGGUUGUCUGAAGCAACUGUAUGACAGAGGGACAAGAUUUUAUGGUACAGGGACAAUAUUAGAAAAUGCUAUUUUGGGGGUCAUCACCCUAUGAUAUUUCUCAGGGAUCUUACAGGUCUAUACUGGGGCAGGUGGUCUUUCAGGUAACAUGGUCCUGAGUUGCUCAGGGCUUUAUAUGAACAAGAACAACACAUUGAACAUGGCCCAAGAUCAGUCCUUUAAAGCUUUUCUAUUUUGCCAUUGGUAACCAGCAUCAGUGCAGCAAUUCAUUAUAGAUUUACAUCACAACUUUCUUUUGCCAAAUAACACAACAGUAAGUCAAGCUAAACAAGAAUGCAGCUCAUAUAUUGUUACAUUGCCAUAGAGAUUUGUGGCUGAUAUGGUGAAUGAAGUUCAAUAAUUGAAAUGUUUAAUAAAUUAGUUUUAGAUAGUGGCUUUUCUAUGUUAUAUGCUCCUGCUCCUUUUAUUCCUCUCUGUGCCAUAUAAAGUAUAACUGGAAAUUAGCAGUAACAAUUCAAGGAACCAAAAAGUGAGGCUAACGGGUAAUAGGCAGGAAAUAGUGCAAUGGUGACCUCUAGAUUGUAAUUGACUAUACUUUUCAGCUUUUCUUUUCUGGGGCUUUUCUUUUCAAUAAUUUACUUUCUUCCCUGCCUGCAUUUACUUUGUUCACCUUUCCAAAUCUUCACUGAACUACUGUUUAGUGAAGAGCUCCAAAAACAGGUAUGGGGGAGGAAAUAAUAUACAAUUUUAAUUACUGAGAUAUCUAUUGUUUUUUGAGAGAGAAAAGGUAGAGGAAAUUAACUCUUUAAGGAAACUCAUCAAAUCUAGUAAAUAUAAAGUUACCUGAAGGAAAAUUUUCUGUAUAUGCUUUUAUUUGCUACAUCCUUUAGGAAAGCCAGCUAUGGCAUUUAAGUGCAAAUUAAGCAUAAUUUCUGUUUCUUAGUGAAUCCACUAGGCUUAUUUUUGUAUAAAUAUCACUGAAUACUUUUCAGCAUAUUCUUGGACAAUACCUCCUACUUUGCUUUGCUCAUGUGUAAUUUUUUUUAAAUUUCCUGGAUAUGUGCUUCCCUUUGAUGCUGUUGCCCAUGUUGCUACUGCAUUCUUUGUGUAAUAACUGCAACCAUGCUUACAGUUGAAAAUGGAGUUCAGUAGUUCUAAACUAUAUUUUAUUAGAACAUUUUCAUGCUGUCUGUUUGCCCUGAGGUGUGUGAAUGGAAUUUUCUCCAGUUGUUGAAUAUAAUUCAGAGCAUUAUCUUAAAGCGAUUUCUUUUCUGUAAUUUGUUUUAUUUCUUGAAUAUGUGCUUCCAUUUGUUGGUUUUGUCCAUGAAAUAGGCAUAGUUUCAGGGUGGGCAUCAGCACCUUGGACAGCUGCUGGGGUUCCAGUGUUCCAUCAGGGCCUAUCGCCAACUCCUGCCUUGGAGGUCCUUUUAGGGGUUUUCAUUUUUCCUAGCCUGAUAUUUACAUUUCAUGCCCCUGAACAAUGCUGUAUUAGGGGCACUGUAAAAAAAUAAUAUGGCAGCUGGACCAAAAUGUCUGGCAUGUAGCUACAGUUACUACCAGGCAAGCAUGCCAGGAGCCAAUGACGGGGAAAGAUGCUUAAAGGCUCCUUCAUGUUUCCUUCCACUUACAACUACUAGCAGAACAGAACACAGUCAUAACAUGGACCCUGAACACCCUGGAACUCGGAUGUUUUGGCUCCCGAACGCCACAAACUUGGAAGUGAUUGUUCCGGUUUGUGAACGUUCUUUUGGAACCCGAAUGUCCGAUGGAGCUUCCGUGGCUUCUGAUUGGCUGCAGGAGCUUCCUCCAGCCAAUCAGAAGCCGUGAUUUGGUUUUUGAACAUUUUGGAAGUUGAAUGGACUUCUGGAACGGAUUCCGUUUGACUUCCAAGGUACGACUGUAUAUCUGAAGACUUUCAAAUUUAACAUUAAAUAUUUCUAUUAAGCCAGGGCAUCUGCACUGUACACACAUACAUUUAUACAGGAAACCUGUAAAACUUUUAGCUUCCAUCUGUCUUCCUGCUGAUUCACAGAAUAUAUGGCAUAUAUGUAAAACAUGUUUGAAUCUCCAGCAUUUAUAUAAGAAAAAAUAAUGUAUUGCAUGUGGAACUCUUAACAUUUUCUGCUGAAAGAAACCUAACAAGUUGCUGCAACUGAUACAAAAUGGAGUAAUGUAUAUGUUUCUUCUUGGUGUUAGUAACAGAUCUUGUUAGAACCCAUUGAUUUAAAUGGUGGCACAAGAAAGGAUCUCUAUUUUAAGUCAUAAAAGAAAGAAAGAAAGAAAGAAAGAAAGAAAGAAAGAAAGAGAAAAGGCCAGGUUUAUUCUGCAGCUGUGUGCCCUAUCUGUGUUUCAUCAAAUACAGCUUUUUAUUCCUAAUGCAGUUUUGGCAUUCAUUGUUACAUUACACAUAUAAUUUUAAAUACAGGACUUCGUGAAGCUAGUGAUAGUUAAAAUGCCUGGCAGUGAUGAAGCAGUAACGUCAAACUAGCCUGAAGUAUAAAAUGAGCACGGCCACAAACAAAUAUGAAAUUAAUUAUCAGUUAUAACAUUUUCUGAGUCUAGACUCUUCUAACCAGUCAUUGUUUUCUGUCUGUGGUGGGGGGAGGGGGGAAUGAGGACUAUAGCAUGAAGCUGCCAGAACAAAGUUGUUAUUGAAAUGCAACAUGAAGUGCCUGUUCAUGCAUUACUUUGCCCUCCUCAUCCCAUAACCCUGGUAUUAUCCCUAAUGAGGAUCUACCGGUAUAUUGCUCCCGCCCCUACCCUUCACUCAUGCCACUCACUAUGGAAACAGGUGAAUGCUCAAUGACAUGCAAGGUCUUAAAAUGGGGGUUGAAGCUUUGAAACUAAUCUACUGCUAAGGAUGCCCCCCUCUUCCAGUUGUCUCAGAAAACUACAGGUAAAAUGUUCCUCCCAUUCACUCUAUUGGCAGAUUUCCUAUUUGCCGAUCUUUCAUUUGCCCUCAUUUACCCUUCUUUGGAACAUAGGAAGCUCCCUUAGGCUGAGUCCAUCUAGUUCUGUACUGUCUACACAGACUGCUAAAGACACUCCAGGAUUCCAGAGUGGAGUCUCUCUCAGUCCUACCUAGAGAUUUCAGAUUGGACUAGGAACUGCAGGGCUUUUUCCUCUCAUUCUGCCCUGACACUCUGUCUAGAUGCAGCCAUCUAUGUCAUGCUGCCAUUCCUCCAUUCUCCAUUCUUCAGGAGCUUGUACUGCAUGAAUAUAUCACAAUUAAGACGAUAUUUGUUGUAUUAUCUUUUAAUAAACCUCUUUUCUGGAACAAGUCCUAAAGUCUCAGCUAUGUUUCCUCCUCCUAGAACCUUACUUGGUAUGCCCCACUGUGUAGACCGAAGUUACCCAUGCUCUUCUGCCAUUAAUUUGGCAGACAUGCUAGUUCCUGAGAAAUAGAGCAAGGACUUCAGGGGGAAGUUCUCUUAGCACCAGGUUAAUUUUCCAAUUACCUGUUCUUCCUGAAGGGUUUUUUUCCCCAAACACAGAAGGAGUUCAUUAAACACACACGUCUCAAAGAAGAGUUGAAAUAGUGGUGAUUGCCACUCGCAAGUGCUGCUCAUUAAAUGAGUUGUGUAAUCUGAACACAUGGUGGGAUAGCAUUGUAGCCACUUACCCCACCUGUGACAUCCACACAUCCAUCAGAAUGUCUGAAAAUAGUUUAGACAGUUCCAUAUCUGUGCUGUAGUCACAUGUUCUGGUAACCAUGUAAGGGUCAGGGGAGAAGCUAGCAGCUGAAUUUCAUGCACAUGUUCAUAUGGAGAAGGUUUUAGAUGGUUUCAAAAAAGGGGUUAGCCCAAUUCACAGAGAAGAGACUUAUGAAAUAUUAGCCAUGAUGAAUGGAACUUCCUGGUCUAGAGAUAGGAUGCUUCUGAACACCCCAGGUAAAUGGAGCAGAGGUGGGUGCUACUGUCUUCAUGCUCUCACUUUUCAAGCAAAAAAGUAUAUUAAAGUCGAAGCCUGGACAUGCUUGUUCUAAAAUUACAUAAUGAGGCAUGAUCAAGCCUGAGAAAUAUCUAUAUUAUGCUAUGCUAUACCAUUUAUUCAUAUGUGUGUGGGGGGACAUAUAUUGUAUGUGGUGCUUAGAAAGCUGAGCAGAAGCUGUUCAGGGUGUAACUAAAAAUGGGUUCACACAGCACGGAGUGGGAUGAGUCAGAAAGGACUGAUUUCUGGUGAGCCAAUUAUACAUAUGUUUUAAUUGAAAUCUGACACAGUAGCCCCCAUUCUGCUAUGUCAAAAGUUUUGUAUAAAUCAACUAACAAGUUUUAAAUGACUUUAAUAGCACAUGUAAAUGGAAAACUGCAUGACAUUCUAGUUCAUUCACUUCUAUUUCCCACCUAAGCACCAGGAAGCACAUCUGCAGGGGCGAAAAUAUAACCUCUACAUCAUAACUGUUUUGAAAUAAAAAGUCAUUACUUAGCAGUUGCAUGGCAUGGGCAAUGCCCACUGAAAUUAUUUCAGGAAUUUUGUGUUGCUAAUAACAGCUUGAAUCUUAGACUAGCCCUGCCAACUGCAGUUAAGCCUGCGUAGGCUGACAAAGAACAUUCCUGGCUGCAUCAGUAAAUGGAGAGCUAGAUUACAUUACAGACUCUGUGAUGAUCUUAAAUGAGUUUUUAUCAUCAGGUUGGAAUUUAUGUUUUAUCAUACCCAAAAUAACAUAUCUGACUUUGAAAGUGCAUUGGUCUUAAUUACUUGCAUUUGUUUCUGUUUUAUCUGAUUCCACAAACAAAAUUCUGUUGGAACUGACAUUAUGGCUUCCAUUGGACUCGGAUUGGUGGAGAUUUUUAAGUUUUAGAAACCUAUCCACAAGAAGCUGAGAUAAAGCAAAUUAAGCCUGCAUAGAGUUGCACUCAAUCCAAACCCUGUCAGCAGCAGGGUUCUGCUGCUCUGCCUAAGGCUUUAAAACAGUGUUUUAUGCUGGGGUACAAGUCACGUGGCCAAACUGAACAGUUUUAGGAUCCAGCCUAAGUCCUCCCUCUCUGCUUCCACCCCCAGCUCACCCCUUUUUGAGGACUUACACUGGCCACAUCUCAGCCAGCUUUGGCUCAGCUGGCUGAGUGGGAUAAGCAAGUUUUGCUGGCCUUUCUUCUGUGGAGCUGGGGUUGGGAACUUAAUAAUAGCUGAACCAGGAAUCAGCCAGCUAAGCCAGAGUUGCUCAUCCCAGUGGACCCUGCUACAGUAAUGUCCCUAAAUGUCUAUCAUUUUAAAUAACUGCUAUGGGAAAACUGACAAUUGCUCACAUUAUUAUUUUUUCUUCAGACUCGUUUAGAAGGCCUCUGGCUCUUCAGUCUUGUUAUUGGUGAAUCCUGCUUAUUCAGUCCUCAAAUUAAGCAUCAUCAUCAUUAAAAAUAUUUAUUUAUUUAUUAUAUGCAUUUUAGACUUCCACCCAUCAUAAAUAGAUCCCAGGGCAAGAUACCAUAACCAAUUUACAGUAUGUGGAUGUCAUAUAUUCAGUAACAAUAAUCAGUGUUAUUUUUCUAGAAAAUGAGGUGCUGGAACCCACAAUGAACACCUGCCUCCCUUGUUCUCUUAUAAUGGAAAUGGUGCCCACCUGAGAGGUACUGAAACUGAGUUCUGGCGAAUUCUGGCUGGGGGAAAAAGCCCUGAAAAUAAUCAACUAAAGCAACUUGACAAGAAGAACAGCUGAAAAUAUAACAUUAGAAGUACUAAAACACUGCAGAGUGGGUUACUUGCUGUGCAUUAAAAAUAUCGUACAAAUGCCUUGUGCAAACAGACGAAUCUUUAUUUGGCAUCAAAAUGCUAAAAGGGUAGGUGCCAAACAUGCUCCCAAAUGGAGGGCAUUCCACAGGUGGUCACUGCCACAGAGAACGGCCUUUCUAUCAUCAUUGCAUAAUGUCUCUCUCCCAGUGGUGGAAUCCUUUAAAUAUGACAUGAGCAGGAACAGGGAAAAACACUAUUUCAGUGAUUAGGGUCCUAGCCAAGGUCUGAUAGACCAGUCCAAACACCUUGAACUCUUCCUGGGUGUGUAAAGGCAACCAGUGUAAACAAUUCUGAUUUGUAUCAUGUGAUCCCAGCCAAAUGAAUUGGUGAACAAUAUGGCAGAAGGCAUACAAGUCAUAUGUGCAGAAUCCUUAUAAUCUGUACUCACAAAACUGCACGACACAAAUUGUGUGAGAAAACUGCUGCACAUACAGUUUGCACUCAAUGACUUUACAGAAGAGCCCAUCAAUGUGUGGAAGUUCAGGACCAGCAGACACCAUCUCAUGCUUCCUGUUCCAGAUGAUCAUUCCCAUAUUUAAUCAUUGGCAUAGGUCUCUUGUGUUGUUCACAUUUUAUUAUAAACCACUCACAUAUACCUACUACCUAGUAACAGAAAUAACCAUAGUGUUGUUUACAGGAACAUAUUACAAACAGUUAUUCAUUCAAAAGGCUAUUUUCCCUCACCUUUUGUUACAUGAUUUAUUUUAAAAAAAAAAAAUUGGAACCAACUCAAAAACUUUUUGAGUUGAGAUAAAAUGAGAAUUUUAUCACAUGUUAACCUUGGAUGCAAAACUGCAAAUAAAACAAUGAAGCAACACAGAUCUUCCUUCCUUUUUCUGAUUACAUCACUGGAACCGUUGACUAAUAUAAAGGGAUUUUAUUUUAUUUAUUUAUUUUUAAAAAGAAACUUCUGAGUGUAUUUCUCACAGUACUCCAUAUCUGAAUUCCUCUGCAUCUGUAAUGCAGAUGAAACCAAUUAUAAUGAAGUGAAGCAUGAGGCGGCUAUAAAUUCAACCGAAAUAAAAACAAAAAUGUAUUUCCCAAUACCAAGUAUUUUAAAGAUGGCAAAGGCAGAUGCAGAAGCUCGUGUGGAUUUUGUUUGAUCCCUUCUGUAGUCAGGUGUGCUGUGUAGUGACAGAAGAACUCUUCACUUUUGUUGAAUCAAAGGUAAAGACAGGUAACAGAGGAGCUGUUGUGUGGAACUUAACAAUGUUUCUGCAUCAAAUAAAAGCCUGUCUAGGUACUUGGAAGAGAUGUGUCAGGGAACUGCCAUCGGUAGGAAGGGAGGUGAAAGGACUCAGACAGGUUGGAAGAGACUUAGCAGCUGAAGAGGAAACCAGCAGGGGGAGAGAAGCUGAACUGAGGGAGGUGAAAGGGCUCAGACAGGUUGGAAGAGACUUAGCAGCUGAAGAGGAAACCAGCAGGGGAGAGAAGCUGAACUGAGGAAAGGGAGCUGGGGGAUGGCUCAGAGAUACUUCCAGCGAAAACAGUGGUGAGGUUUCCGGACCUCCUGUAGCGACACCCACUCCUCGCCGGAAACUGUCACGCAGAGAGUCCAGAAGACGUGUUUCCGUUAAGGAGCUUUUAUGUUGGAAGCGAUUACGAAAGCAACCACUGUCGGAAUCUUCUAGUGACUAAGAGGAGCCAUGUCAGAGGGCUCAGUCACAGACAGAGGUUUGUGGACUUGAACAAACUCUGAGGGAAUACGAUUUUACGCACAAGCAGCUCAUAAUCCCAUCACAGCAUUCCGACAGUCUUUGAACGCAGCUUGUGCAGGAGAAGGCAUAAUGAGCAACCCAGCAGGAACCGGAGAAGCAGGGGCUGGAGCGGGUCCAAGCCUGGAAGAAAGGUACCGAGUGUUGGAGGUCCAGCUGGCGCUGCAGACGGCGAGGCUGGAGGAGAGGAGGGCUCAAGAUGCAGACAAAGGGAGAAAGCCACCCAGCUCGCCAGAAAGGUACCAGGAUUGGUGCAGAAAUUUGGGGGGGGAGCCCAAAGACUAUCAUAGCUUUCGGACAGAAAUGCAAUAUGCCCUCAAUCUGCAGUUUGAUGAUUUCCCUGAUGAGGAAUCACGAGUGGCUUUUGUGAUUGGGCAUCUUGAAAGAGGGCGAGAGACUGGGUUAGACCCCUGAUGGCAGCGCAUAGUGACGUCCUAAAGGACACGAUGAAGUUCUUUCGCGCCAUGGAUCUGAUGUUUUCCAGCGAUAUUGAAAAGGGAGUGGUGCGCAGACAGUUAAUGGCUUGCAAACAGGGGAGCCGAUCUGUACGUGAGUACUGGACUGAGUUCACCAUGCUGAUACACAGAUUGGGGUGGGACUUAUCGGCGGAACCCAUUCAAAUGCUCUUUGAAGAAGGGCUUUCUUCGGCUGUGAAAGAUGAACUUUCCCGGGCGCCCAGGGCGGAGUCUAUGGACCAGCUGACCAAAUCAGCGCUGGCCAUAGGAGCGCGCCAGGAGGCGAGAGCAUUGGAGAGGCGGGAAGGGAAAGGGGAACGUUGGAAGGAGUUCCGCAUUCCAGACAUUCCAGAGCCAACUGUCCCGCCGGCAGAGCCGAUGGAAAUCGGAACAGCGCGCGCGCGCAGUUUCAAAGCCCAGUGAGGGGAAAGAAGGAUGGAAAAGGCGCCCGGAAAUGCUAUCUCUGCCAACAGCCAGGGCACUUUGCCAGAGUCUGCCCCCAGAGGAAGGAAUGGCAAGGGAUGGUGGGAGCUGUGGAGGGAAGAGAGGAAAAAUACCGGAGCAACUAAAGCCAACGCCUGGCUGCCAUUGUCGGGGCACAGCAGCCAGGCCAAAGAGCAGUGAAAGUGCCCACUCCAGAACCUCCUAAACCCGCCCUAGUGAUAGAAGUGACACUAGAGCUCCCAAACGGACACCCUCUAAAGAUAAAGGCGCUGUUGGACUCAGGCAGCUCCUGCAAUUUCAUGAGCAAAGAGUUUGCAGCUGAACACCAGAUACAGACGCUCCCUUUAAGCAGCCCCCUGCAGGUAACCACGAUCGAUGGCAGGGAGCUGUUGGGAGGAGAAGUCAGCUUGCAGACCGUCCCAAUGAUAAUGAAGGUGGCAAGGCACACUGAACUGAUAGCUUUUAAUGUGGCCACCUUGGGAGGAGCUCCCAUUAUAUUGGGGAUGAGCUGGCUAGCGUUACAUGAUCCGCUGGUGGGCUGGCAUCAGAGAGUGGUUUCUUUUGGGUCAGCACAUUGCUUAGAACAUUGCAAAGAGGGAAAGGUUUUGGCAGGGGCCCAAGCCACCCUAGCAGGGACUGAAGUGAAGGAGAACGUGAAGGUACCACGACAAUACGCAGAUCUCCGUGACGUCUUCAGCGAAAGGAAGCUGACCAACUACCACCGCAUAGAGCCUUUGACUGUCAAAUCAAUUUGCUCCCUGGGGCACAGCUCCCUGUGGGCAAGCUGUACGCCAUGUCAGACAGAGAGAUGCAGGAGCUAAGAGAGUUCAUUGACAAGAACCUGAAGAGAGGGUUCAUCAGAGAGUCCAGGGCGGUGGGGGCAGCCCAGUGUUUUUGUGGACAAAAAAACACGAACAAGCCGAGACUGGUGUGUGACUUCAGGGCCUUAAAUGCAGUGUCAGAACCAGUGGCCUUCCCGAUGCCCAGGAUUGACGACAUUUUGACAAGGGUGCGAAAGGGAAAGAUUUUCACCAAGCUGGAUCUAAGGGGGCGUACAACCUGAUACGAAUAAGGAAGGGGGAUGAAUGGAAAACCACCAUGUUCACCCCUUUAGGGGCAUUUGAAUACUUAGUUAUGCCCUUCGGUCUACAAGCAGGCUCCGCAACAUUUCAAUCGUUUAUGAACCACGUCCUGGGGCCGUUGCUUUACAAGAAUUGUGUGGCCUUCUUAGACGACGUGUUGGUGUAUUCUGAGAAUGAGGAGCAGCAUGUGAGAGACGUCAGAGAAGUGUUGAGCAGGCUGCAAGCCAACCAGCUGUGGGUGAAACUGGAGAAGUGUCAGUUUCAUACCAAGGAGGUGGAAUUCCUGGGGUAUCGCCUGUCUGACAAGGGGUUGGCCAUGGAUCCCGGCAAGGUCCAGGCGGUACUGGAAUGGAAAACACCCAAAACAAGGAAGGAUGUGCAGAGGUUGUGAGGGUUUGGGAACUUCUAUCGUAAGUUCAUCCCAAACUUUGCCCACCUGACGGCGCCCAUUACGGACUGUCUCAGCAGUAAGAAGAAGUUCGUUUGGACGGAGGAGGCGGAGCAAGCAUUUGAGGAACUAAAAGGGCCUUCGCCUCGGAACAACAGCUCCUGCAUGUGGAUUUACAAAAACCGAUGAGAGUGGAAACUGACGCAUCAGACAGAGCGGUUGGGGCGGUGCUUCUCCAGCCAGGGAAGGAGGAGUCAGAGUGGAGACCGUGUGCCUUUUUUCGCGAAAGCUGAACAAAUCCGAGAGGAACUACACGGUGUAUGACCGAGAACUACUAGCCAUUCAUGAGGCGUUCCGGAGAUGGAGGCACCUGCUAAUUGGCGCACAACAUAAGGUGCAAGUGUGCACUGACCACAAGAACCUAGAGUAUUGGAGGACGGCACGAGUGCUCAACCAGCGGCAAGUGAGAUGGGCUCAGGAAUUCUCCAAAUUUAACUUUGAGAUUUGUUACGUGCCAGGCCCAGAGAACAUUAGGGCGGACGCUCUCUCAUGCAAACCUGAAUAUUUGGAGGGGAGGAGCACCCGAAGAGAGACAUGUCAUUCCAGAGGACCGCUGGGUGUGUGGGGCGGCAUUGGUGGGACAAAGAGAACUGGUAGAAGAAACAGAGAAUGAUGAAUACGCCCAGAAUAAGCUCAGAGGUCUUAGGGAUGAUGGAGAGGAAUCAAGGGGUUUCGAGGAAAGAAAUGGAGCUUUGUAUUACAAAGGGGCACUGUAUAUCCCUGAAGGAGACUUAAGGGGAGGGUACUCAAGCAGUUGCAUGACAGCCCUACGGCGGGCAUUUUGGACAACACAAAACCAUGUGGUUGGUCACCAGGGAAUUUUGGUGGCCUAAGGUGAGGGAGGAUGUACGUGAGUAUGUAAGAGGGUGCGAGCAGUGCCAGCGAGCCAAGGGGAAAGGCGGGCGCCGGCGGGGCUAUUAGAACCCUUACCAACACCAGAACGACCUUGGGAGGCAGUGUCGAUAGAUUUUAUGACUGAUCUGCCGAAGUCCAAAGGGAAAACAGCCAUCAUGGUGGUGGUAGACCUACUAACAAAGAUGUGCCACUUUGUAGCUUGCUCGCAUGCAGUCACGGCGGAAGAGACAGCAAAGUUAUUUGUAGAACACAUUUUUAGGUUGCACGGAGUGCCAUUGAGGGUGGUCUCAGACCGAGGAAAACAAUUUACUUCCAGGUUCUGGAGGAAGCUCAUGAGCUUACUGCAGGUGGAGGUCAACUUUUCGACUGCCCGGCACCCUGAAACCAACGGGCAGGCGGAAAGAGCAAACGGUGUCCUCCAGCAAUACCUGAGGUGUUAUGUCAAUGACAGAGAGAAUGACUGGGUAGAAAAGUUGGCGCUGGCGGAAUUUGCCUACAACAAUGCCGAGAAUGUGUCCACAGGGAUGAGCCCCUUCUUGGCUAAUUAUGGGUGUCAUCCCAGGGCUUUCCCAGGUGGAGAAGGGGAGAGAUGGAGCGUACCGGCAGCCGAGCAUUUUGUAGAAGAAAUGGAAGCAAUCCACCGUCAGCUCCAACUCAACUUAGAAAGGGCGAAGGAAGAAUACAAGAGGCAGGCAGACAAGAACCGAAGGGAAGGUGAAACCAUAAGGGUUGGAGAGAGGGUGUGGCUGUCAACCCGAGGGUUGCCGUUCAAAGGAGGUUGUAAGAAAUUAAGACCCAGGAGGUUGGGUCCCUUUGAGGUCAUUCAACAGGUCAACCCAGUGGCUUUCAGGCUCCGGUUACCCAACCACAUGAAACUGCACCCAGUAUUUCACAGGUCGUUACUGUCACCGUACGAGGGGGGACGAGAAGGGAUGGCCACUCGGGGACCGGUCAUAGAAGAAAGAGAAUGCAGCAGUCAUGUGGCAGAAAUCCUUGAUGCCAGGUGGAAGGGGAAUCAGGUGGAGUAUUUGGUAGCGUGGGAAGGAGAACCGGAGUCAGAAAACACGUGGGUAAUGGCCAAAGAUAUCAAUGACGAGGUAUUGAUAGAAAUGUUCCAUCAAAGGUUCCCACGGAAACCUCAGCCUGUGGAGAGGUUCCGGAGGGAAUACUUUGGGACCACUGAGGAGGAGGAGGAGUUGGAAGGAUUCCCAGAAUCGGAAGGGGAAGGGUAGAUGGACUCUGAGGAGGAGGAGUGCAUCGAGACCAGGAACCACAACAGGUGGACAGAAGUGUUCGAGACAUAGGAAGAUGAAGGAAGUUCAUUCCGGGUUUUGCCUCCUCACCGCCCGUAGAGGAGGGGCGAGUGGGGGUGAAGGGGGCCCUGGAGGGGAGGUGGAUGUCAGGGAACUGCCAUCGGUAGGAAGGGAGGUGAAAGGACUCAGACAGGUUGGAAGAGACUUAGCAGCUGAAGAGGAACCAGCAGGGAGAAGCUGAACUGAGGGAGGUGAAAGGGCUCAGACAGGUUGGAAGAGACUUAGCAGCUGAAGAAGGAACCAGCAGGGGAGAAGCUGAACUGAGGAAAGGAGCUGGAGGGAUGGCUCAGAGAUACUUCCAGCGAAAACAGUGGUGAGGUUUCCGGACCUCCUGUAGCGACACCCACUCCUCGCCGGAAACUGUCACGCAGAGAGUCCAGAAGACGUGUUUCCGUUAAGGAGCUUUUAUGUUGGAAGCGAUUACGAAAGCAACCACUGUCGGAAUCUUCUAGUGACUAAGAGGAGCCAUGUCAGAGGGGCUCAGUCACAGACAGAGGUUUGUGGACUUGAACAAACUCUGAGGGAAUACGAUUUUACGCACAAGCAGCUCAUAAUCCCAUCACAAGAUGGUUACACUUUCAAUAUAUUCUAUGAGUAUUUGUAACACAACUUUCAUUUCAUUUUCAUUUUUAUCUUUACAAAUGUAGUAUUGUUUCUUUUGUUUCUCAUUAUAUAUGCAGUACUAUUUCUUGUGGAUACAUUUGUGACAUAUUAAAGUGAUAAAAGAUUGGAUAUAAAAGCUCUAUUUUUGUCCUCUAUCUAUCUGUGUAACUUCUUUCUAUUGUAUGAUCUUGAUUUUGAUUGGAUGAUAGCGAUGGAAAUAAUAAUUCAAUUUAUAAAUUCAGGCUGUUUAAGAUGGGAAUAGUGUUGUUUUGUGCUAGUUCCAUGGGCAAGGAUGUCUUUUAUGUAUUUGUAUGAGCUAAAGCAUAGAUCCUAUGGUAACAGGGUACAAACUUAUUUGAAAGCCAAGGUGUUUUUUUAAAAAAAACACCCUUUCUUUUAAUUAAAAUUUUAAAUAACUAAUUGAGCACAUUUUAAAGAUGCAUAAGGCAAAUCCUUAUUCAUUGUCUCUCUGUUGAUAAUAAUAUUGGUCACAAUGCGGAGUAACUGUGUACGUUUUAAACUAAAAUAAUAGUUAUAGACAUACAAGUCUUUUUUAAAAAAAAACCAUAUGCAGCAGAAUCCUAAACUUGUUUACUAAGAAAUAAAGCCACACUGAGGAGUUAAUCCCUUGUUAUUUACAACACAGGUCUAUAGGUAAAGGUAAAGGGACCCCUGACCAUUAGGUCCAGUCGUGACCAACUCUGGGGUUGCGGCGCUCAUCUCGCUUUAUUGGCCGAGGGAGCCGGCGUUUGUCCGCAGACAGCUUCCAGGUCAUGUGGCCAGCAUGACUAAGCCGCUCCUGGCGAACCAGAGCAGUGCAUGGAAACGCCGUUUACCUUCCCGACGGAGUGGUACCUAUUUAUCUACUUGCACUUUUGACAUGCUUUCGAACUGCUAAGUUGGCAGGAGCAGGGACCAAGCAAUGGGAGCUCAUCCUGUUGCGGGGAUUCGAACCGCCGACCUUCUGAUCACAAGUCCUAGGCUCUGUGGUUUAACCCACAGCGCCACCCAUGUCCACACAGGUCUAUAGACAUGCUUAAAUCAAUGAGAGACUGCAGAUAAGUUAAAACCAAUGGAUUCUGUAAAAUACAUAUAAAUAGAUUGCACAGAAAGUUUUUCAUCUAGGUAGAUUUAAGCAGUUUUUGUUUAGGUAAAGCCAGGAUAGUUCCAUUCAGAGUUAUGGCUGUGUUUCAGCAAGAAAUGCCUGAAGGAAACAUGUCCCAAUACAGAAAGCAAUUGAAUAAAUAUAAAGGAAGCAACAGCAUCACAGUCCUUGGAAGAUUUGACAAAGUGAAUCCCAUUGUAAAUGUGAUUUGACAAAUAGCCAAUGAUAGAGAUGCCUAGACACAGAACCUGUGCCUGGGCACAGUAAUAGGCUGCAUGUGGGCCAAUAAACUCAAAUGGAAUCUCAGAAAGAUGUAAGCCCUGUGAGUAAAUGGUUCGCAGGUCCAGGAAACUGGUCAACUGCCUGAUCUGGAGGGGAUCGCACUCCCUCUGGAGGAUCAGGUCCUUAGUCUGGGGGUGCUCCUAGAUCCUUCUCUGUCACCUGAGGCCCAGGUGACCUUGGUUCUUAGGAGUGCCUUUAACUAGCGUUGCUUCGUCUCCCAGCAUUGACCCUUCCCAUAUAUAGCUAUAACUUGCCCACUGUGGUUUAUAUGCUGGUAGCCUUCAGGCUUUACAACUGCAAUGCACAAAAUUUAAACUCCAAAUUUAAAAUUUAAGCCCUGAGGCAUCACUUUAACUAAUCCACAAGUUUGGUCUGGCAAACAAGAUAGUGCCAUAGCUCUGCGUAGACACUGACUUGAACAGGAGGGUGCAGAAACUUCUUGGCUCCAUGUAAAAGGAAACAGACCUUGGUCUAGUUCUGAUGCCCAAGCACUAAUAGAUGGAAAAUAAUCAGUGUGGCCAUAUGCUGGUGAGGAAAUCCAGACUUGUUGGCUUCCACCACUCCCUGUGAUGCAGAACACAGAAUUUCCACAGGCAUUACCUUAUCAAUUUUCAUUUGUAUGAAAGUUCUCUUUAACGAAGAAUAAAAUACAGUCAUACCUCGGGUUAAAUAUGCUUUGAGUUGAGCGCAUUCGAGUUGCGCUCCUCGGCAAAACCCGGAAAUAAUGGAGCGUGUUACUUCUGGGUUUUGCCGCUUGCGCAUGCACAGACGCUCAAAAUGAUGUCACACGCAUGCGCAGAAGCGGCAAAAAGCGACGUGCGCAUGCGCAGAUGCACCGUCGCUAGUUACGUUUACCUCUAGAUGCGAACAGGGCUCCGGAACGGACCCCGUUCGUAUCUAGAGAUACCACUGUAGUACAAUUUCUUAGGCACUGGGGGAUCUCUAGUCUAGCCACUAGAGAUUGUUACAGAUAGUUUGAGCAAGAGUGCCAGCUAUGGAUACAAUUUUUCUUUCUCUUGCUGUUUGAAACAUAUACCUUGGGCUUUAACAUGUUUCAUGUACAUCCUGAAUGCAGUCUUUGAGGUACACCUUAUCAACUACUGGGCCUUGGAGUCCCUGUGGUUGGAAUGCUUAGAUCAGGGUGAGGGAGAAUUGGGUUCCAGUCCCUUUUCACUACAAAGUUCCCUGGGUGACACUGAGUAAGUUACAUUCUUUCACAGGAAACUGUGUGGGGGAAACAUGGCUCCCCCCAAAUAAAAACCAGAGCCAGACAUUACCCCCCUGUACAAUUUCCUCUGAGAGUGAUGGAAUGUCAUUGUGUGUGUCAAAUUUUGGGCCCGCUCCCCCCCCCCCCGCCACAUGUGACAAGGCAGUGUUCGGCUUACGGGUUCUGUGUCCAAGUACUCUUGCAGCCCACUUGGUAUGAAAGGUUGGACCAUGCUGGUGAAAAUUCUAAGUUUAUGCCAUACUGUGACCCUAACUUUGCAUGACAGCCACAAAUUCCUCUGUAAAAGUCAGGCUUUGCCCCAUGGGAUGCAUAAAACUGCAGUUUGGGGCCCAUUUUAAGAGCAAAAGGACUGCAUAGUGCUUUCAGUGCCCCUUCUCCCCACAGCUGAUCUCCUAACAGUCUAUUACCACAAAUACUUUUCUGCCCUCCACAUACACACUUGGGUUCCAGCUGUACCAGGGAACCAUUACCCCUGCACCUCCACAAUAGAAUCAUAUUUGUUUUCUAACUAGUACAACUGGCUCAGUAAUAAGAGAAAAUUAGAUAACUUGCAAGAAUCCUGAAAUGGCAUUUGUAUACAACAUUGUAAAAUGACUGUCACUUCACUGCGACCAAGGGCUUUGGAAGAUAAGAAGCAGCACCUGCUGGGGCACAAUGCAUUCUAAGCUCUGUUUCCACUUUUCAGGUCCUUGGAAAAAAGCUGUGUGGACCUUAUAGAAGUCAAUAAUAUGAACCCCAAAUUCCAGUCUCAUCAUGCCCACACUAGCCUUCAGAUACCUCAGGCCACACCACUUACACCUCCAUGGUUCAAGAGUGACAUGGGGGAGAAACUGCUGUUAUAGCCCAAAAGCAACUCCACAAGGCCUGAUGUGGUAAUCAGCAAUUUUCCUUCUUUGUUACUUUGCCACACCUUUAUGGAAAGAAAGGGAAUGGCCAGUCUAUGAAUAUGACUAUUGCCCCAUGGAAUUUGGCUCUGACACUUCAGUCUCACCCCAUCCCACUAAACUGAAUGAAAGGAAUGUUUGACUUCAGUAGCCUACCUUACAAAUGUGCUUUGGAAAUAAUUUCCCUCUCUGCCCAUGCCUCCUUAAGACAGCCUGUUCCAUUGUUGUAAUAAUCAGGGCUAUGCAGUGUUUGGAAAACUUUGUCUACCAUUAUGAUGACUGAUUUAAUACUGUCAGUGAAGUUGGGCAAGUGUGUUGCCAGCAAUCCCAUCUGAAACACGAUAAGCUUAUCACUUCUGUUAAAUUUCCCCACUUUGAUCCACCUCUUUUGUGCACUUCCUCAAAGCUCUCCUCAGCAACUUUUUCUUGCAAAAGCUGAGGAAGCAUUAGGUUAUCAUUUUCCAACUUUCCUACAAACAGAUAAAAUGCUUCUUUGGAUGAUAAUUGUGUGGACCAACAUGCAGUAGUUUUGUGAUGUUAAGCAGAAUAUUCCAAGUGGUUGAAGAGAAAAUGCACUUUCACAUAAUUGCACCACUCUGUGGAGGAGGUAUAAUGUUAACAUUUCCCAGUAAUCACAGGUUGAGUUAAAGAGCUUGUUGGAAGUCUGUGGUGGAAUGCUCCAGACUGGACCUGAAAUGGUGGGUUUUAUUUAUUGUAUGAGCCUAACUAGGCAUUUCAUGCAGGUACUUUUAAUAAGGAAAUUGACUGUAGUUUGAGUUCAUCACCAUCAUCGUCAUUUUUUAUUUGUAUGCCACCUUUCCACAGUUACAAAAACAAUGCUCAAGGCGGCUUACAGCAUGACAAGAUUUACAUAAUUACAAAAGUCAUGAACAAUAAAUAAACCACAUCAAAAAAAUACACAGCCAAAUGGGAAACAAUUUCCACAUAAAUCAAAAUCUAAAACUAAGAAUAUGGCAUUAAUAUCACAGUUUAAAAUGACAUAGGUAAAAAAAUAACAGCAAUUUAAACAAAAACAAAACAAGACGGAGCCCUCUGCCCAGCAGCCGCAGUGGCAGCAGUCCUUUAUAGAGCCCAUCAGGCCCCGCCCUGGGCCAGGUGGUGAGUGGCAGGACUGGGGCCCUCAGGCGCUGAGCAGGGGAGUUAAUAAGUUUAUUGUUGUAGCCAAAGGCCAGGACAAACCUUUAUUAGGCAAUAGUAUUAAUAAAAUAAUACAGAACACACAUCCAUAAUAUAAAAAUCAAGGUUGACUUUGCCAAGGUCCUGAGUAUUAAAAUACAGUUUCCCUUCUGCAUCUCUGAUAGUUCCAAUUCAAUAUUUGUUAGCCUUUUAAAAAUCAAAUCUGCCAGCAUCCAUGAUGUAUGAAAGAAAAGUUACUAGAGACACCAGCAGACUCAAAUCUGGCUUGAUUUCGGAUUAAAACUCCGAAUCAUCUCAACAAUUUAUUACAAUUUUAUUUAACUCCCCUUAUUGUUAUUUUUUGCAGCCAGUGCAUAGAGGGCUACUAUUAUUAUUGUCACUCAAAAGAACCUGAACCAUUUUUGCCAGGGUGUGCCUACUUCUUUGUGUGAACAAAGAUUUCAGAAAGUGAUCUCUGGGUCUCUAACAGAAAAUGAGUGAUGUCUUCCAUCUGAGGUUGAUGACAAAUACAAAGUCUGUCUGCAUAUGGGACUUUGUUGUAGAGCCAUCCAAGACUGCAGUGGGCAUCACUUGGAAGCACAGCUCAAUAACUGCAUUUCUAAAGGAAAUUUGUGAGAGGUUGGUCAGAUAACUAGCUCUGCAAUGCUCUCUUCUUAAGAGUGAGUACCAAGGAGGAAAAUUGGCGUCCCUUUUCUGAAUUCUAUCCAGAAGAGCCAAUCCCUUACUUGACACUUAUUCAAGAUCAAAGCAGAGCUCAGUUCUGGAAAUUAAUAAUAGUCUUACAGUUCUUAACAAACUGCUUUCCAGAGCUGCUUAUCUUUCAAUUCCAUAUAACACAGCACUCAAUGGUAUAGUGGCAAUAGUAGCAUAGUAGCAAUUUUUGAAAUAUUUUAACUGAGCGCAGUUUACUCUUGCCUUAAUUAUUGGCCACCCAGAUUCUGUACAAAGAAGAGCUGUUGAUAUUCCUGAUGGUAGAGAGCAUAGCUAAUAAUAAUAAUAAUAAUAAUAAUCUACACAGUUUCCAAAACAUCAGUAGAGUUCACAUCAGAGCACCUGAUUUCAACACCAUAGAGCAUUUCAGUAAGCACCAAAUAUCUUUGCAGUACCCCUUCUAUUACAAUAAGAUGUGUUGAUUGUGUGUAGUUAUUAAUUGUAGAAGUUAUCAAAUAGGCCUGAGUUCUGUGACAAUUUGCUGGUAGACAUCAACAAGAUUUGGAUAAUUGGAGUGUCAUGUGCCUUCAGACCAUUCUCUUGGCAUUCUUCUAUUUCUCUAUGUUCUCUGGAUACAAAUUUAGUUACAUACAAUGGUCAACACUAGGGUUGCCAUUUCAAAAAGUAAAUUUCGAAGGAGACCAUUGAAAUGGUAGGGCUUUUUCUUUAACUUUACAAAAUUCCCUUUGAGAUGUCUUAUUUAGACAUUUGUUGUUGUUCAUACAUCUAUGUCAUGUUUUAGUGUUAAAAAUACGGCUAAUGUAACGUGAUUUCUCAAGAUGUGCUAGAGUCACACUACUUGAUGAUCUUUUCAGAAAGUUCAUGCAUUUUUUGAGGGUGUUUCCAAAAAUCAAAAUGCUGGAAGAUGCAUAUAACACAUAGAAUUCUGUACUCUCCCAAAACCCUGUAUUAAUUUACACAUAUUAUAACUGCCAAUGAUGGAAUAUGGAUCCCUGAUCCCUUUAGCUACAGUGGUGUUCUAAUGCUCUAUGGUUAUUGUGUGAAACAAAUCUUCUUCCAACACUUUUGCAAAUGUUAAAAGAUCCACCUUGUUACAUAGCAGACUUUCCCAAACCAUAAUGAUAAAUAUUUGUUUUUCUUAAAAGAUCUUUUAAAAUGUUUUGUGCAUUUUCGUUUUUUUAUAUAUUGCAUUGUGUACUAGCAGUCUGGACACGGCAGUGUCAAUACAAAGAACCUUUUUCAUUCCUCUCUUCUCUUUUUUCCUUUCCUUUUUUUAAGUUAAUGGCAAAUGACUUAUAGCCUUCUAGUGGAAAAGAAACAAAUCAUUUUUUGUCUCUUAGUUUCACUCUCACAACAGGGGCUCUUAUGAAUCUCCAGGGCUACUAGCGGCUGAUUGAGCUUUCAUUUCUUUUCUUGGGAAGUGCAUGAAAGGUUUUAAGUCUUGACACAAACAGGAAAACAGAGUCCAAGCAUUUGUCCUAAAGGCAUGAAACCCUAAAUAGUCACUGUGCAGUGAUAGUCUAUUUCCCUCAAGGACCAGCGAUUCUCUUGUUGCUUAUUCUUUCAAGACUAGAAGCACAAAGCUUUAUUUUAUCUCAUUUUCAACACGCUUUGAAAAUUCAGAAUGCAAAUGCUUGUUUAAGGAAGGCUCUAUUGUCACUUGGUUAUGGCAAAACUUGUUCUCUCUCACUCCCAUCUUUAGUAUAUCUUCACUGAAACUUGGAUCAGCUAAAGGUAAGAUUUGCAUAUUUGUGAAGAGUCAUUCUUUUCUUGUUUUAUUUAUGGGUUGAAAAUCCUUGUUAUAUAUUGAGAAGAUAUCUGCAUGUAUGUAAUCAUCUUGAUGGGCAAAAUGGUAAAAAAAAUUUAGUACCACAAUACAAUGUUUACUGAAACUAAGUUAGUUGCAUUUAAUUCCCAUUGAAAUCGAAGGAACUUAAGCUAUGGCUAAAAUUUCACACUGAUUUCAGUGUGACUUAAGUACAGUCUAAUUAGUUUGGCUCAAACACACUUGUUAUUCAAAACCCCUGACAGAAAUUAUGGUUAAUUCAAUAAAUUUAAUAUAUAUCACAGUUAUUGUAAUUAAAGAAAGUUUUGAAGCUUAAACCUUAAAGUUAUACAUGAACGUUCUAAGAAACUAAGAAACCCUCCCCAGGAUGUAAAAUCCAAGAGAUUAAAACUGCCUUGACUGUUCCUGCUCUUCUUAUGUUAGAUACAGAACAAUAUUAUGUCAAAUAUAGUAUAUUAAAAGCACGCAACACAUAAGAUUUUAGCAGAUGUAGCCUGUACUUGCACAGGAAGAUGCUAAAAAAUUCUGUUUAAAUCUAGAAUGAAUGGAUUGACCAUAAAUGACAGCCUUGCCUAACAUGCAUUUCAGUAGGAAGUGGGCUUUAAAAGCUACAUUACAGUAAAAGCCAGGAUAAACAAUUUGGUAGGCUCAUGGGAAGAUAGCAUUACAACCACUUAUUGUGCUUAUGUUCCUAGAGUGCUUGCAGAGAGAGACAGAGAGAAGCGAGAAAACCUUCGAAAUAUGGGAAAUCAUCCAUAAAAUAUUUGCUCAUAGAAGGGAUUUAUCAGUGCAUAAGGGGAAACCUUGCAAAGUUAAAAGGAUCCUAAUUUUUAACAGCCUUUUUAGAGUAGAACAUCUACAUGCAGCUGAUCAAAUAACGCAUCACAGGUGCUUGGUGCACCCAUACUGUAUCAUCCUAAGAGGCAACCAAUUCUGAACAGGAGGCAUAUUUUGAAUUGAUCAGUGGAGCAUCAGCUAUGUUGGAUUUUCCCUUUGCCACAAACAAAGGGCUCUUGUUAACCCUUUCUUUGCAAGUAUAGAGAGCAGCAGAGGUUCUGGAAGAGCUACCCCUUUGGGCAGCCUGGCAGUCUGUGCUUGCUUGCUUGCAUCUUGGAAAAUGAAGUAGUAGCUGAAGUGCACAAGGGAAGAAUUCUGAGAGUUGCUGAUUAUAUGAGAGGAGAAGGCUAAAGAAUGCUUACAAACAGGGCUAAUGUGGUUAAAGUGAGACUGAAAGUAUACAGAACCUAUACAAAAAAGGAAGGAGGACUCACUAGUAGAAUCUGGUAAUUACCAAACGCUUCAAAUUCUGAUUCUCUUUGUCAUCACUUAAACCAGGGGUGAGCUAUAUCAGGCCCUGGGAACAAUGCAGCUCUCUGAAUCUCAGUGUUGGGGUCUCACAAUAAGCCACACAAUAUCCCCAGGCCACAACCUCUUUCCCCAGGCUAUAUCCCCUGGAAUGUGCCCUCGGACUGUGACAACUCUUCUUGCUUGGUGGGUGAAAAGGUUUGUAUUGAAACCUUACUUUACAUGGCUGGAAUGUAGCUUACAGUACAAAGGCAAGAAUGACAUUCAUUGGCCUGCCUUCCUUUUCCUUUAGUGCUACCCAUUUUUGUCUCUGUCUCUACCCCGCUAUCCUCCAGUGCAUGUGACAUGCACACAUCAAAGGUUGCCCAGGAGCAACACCUGAACAGCUAUAUAUACAGCCAAUUAAAUGCCACAGAGGGUUGUCGUAUACAUCUAUUAUUAUUAUUAUUAUUAUCAUUAUUAUUAAUGUAACAUUUUAAACAUACACAUUUUAAAUCAUUUUUAAACAAUCCCUUUUAAAGUUUGAAUCAUCGGUAACCAAGUCUUUCCAUAGUAGGCAAGGAGUACACUGACGAUUUGUUGUGUACGUUUUUAUAAAUUCCGUUGGGAAGCACUUGGUUUGCAAAGCAAUCUAUAUGUCUCAAAAAUAAAUCGAAUAAAUAAAUUGAAGCUCAAGUUGUAGUUCUAACAAAAAAACCAGGAAGGUACAUAAUAACAACCAAAUGGUUCUAGCUCUCUCCAGACAAUUUUACAAGUUAAUAUGGCAAGCCAACCAGUGAACAAUAACAAUUUACUAUGCUGUUUUAUAAGCAAUGUCUUGUAUUUAUUGCAGUUAAUAUCUGGAUGUUCAGCGUAAGUAAAUGUGAAACUAGCAUUCCACUGGGCAUCACAUUUGGAAUGAUUUUUAGGAUGUUGUAUUGAAUCACUUUUAUCAGCCGUGACUUAUUUGACAAUGAUUCUUCCUGGAAGAAUUUGCUCCAUGUGCUGCAUAUUUUGAUAUACUCCUGACUAGGCCACUGUAACACAAUCCAUGUGCAAAUUUUAAAAAGAAAGAAAACAUUGUUUGGAAGUUGCAACAGGGGCUGAAUGGGGCAGCCAUGUUAAUGUAUUGCAGUGUUAGUCACAUAGAGCAUAAAACAUGGAUCCUCUGUGAGCUCCAGUGACUACUAGCUUGCACCAGUUCAAAGUGCUAGUGCUUCCCUUUAUGAACCAGGUCCACUUGAGGGAAUGAUUUCCUGUAAGUUUUUUGACUGGUUGAUUUUCUGUCACAUUAGUGUGAUGAGGGUUUUUUUGUGGGUGUUGAACAAAUUAUGGAAGCAACUGCACAUUAAGGUUUGUUAUAUUGCUCGGCUUUAAAGACAAGCUUUUCAUGGUUGAUGUCUAAUUGCUCUACUCUAUAUAUUUUCUGAUGCUUUUAAGCUUUCUUCUUGUUCUCUGCCUUGAGAACUGUUAUACCAAAAUGUGGGCUAUACAUUUUCUAAGUAAAUAAUUGGAUUAUACCUCCCUUGCCUUUAGAUCUGAAGGUGGUUACUUAUACCCAGUGCUUUUUUUCUGGGGGCAGGCAGGGGUAUGCAUACCCCUAAACAUUUUGUGAAUCUAAGUUUGGCCUCAUUGAGGGGCACUAUUUCAAUAUGAGUAGGAAAAUGAGAGCACCCCUAAACAUUUUUUAGAAAAAAAGCACUGCUUAUAACUGAUAUGCAAGGUUUGCCAGACACACAUUUUGAAUAAUGCAUUGUCAAUUGCUCAUACAAUGUUGUUUACUCUUUCAUGGAACUGAAACAAGGAGAAAAAUACCUUGAGUAGCAAUAAGGCUUUACUCUACUGCCCAUGGUUUCCUAAAACAUAUUGUCAGCAUUAGAUUGGAGAUAAGCGUGUUUCACUCAUGUCUCCUGCACCUGUUCAAGGGAUUAAUCACAAAGUUAGUACAUUGCCUUGUGCAACACAAGAAGCCAUGUGGCUAUUCAAAACAUUCAUGUUGUGUUUGAUUCAGAAGUAGUCAUUUAAGAACGAAGAAGAAGAAGAGGAGGAAAUAAACCAGUAUAAAUGACAUCUGGCUUUUUCUUCCCUUCCUUCUUUGCUUGUUGAAUUAUUUAAACUUCUCCCAAUUUCCAGGUUUCUUAAGUUUGCAGUAGCAACUGUAUCUUGUACUUGUUAUAAAUAAUUUGUAUAGCAGCAUGUGAGUUGCUGGCAAAGCCCUGCUCAAAGCCACCCUGCCGAUUCAGCUGCUGUUUUUUUACUCUUGUUUGAUUUCAGUGAUGCUACAGGCUGUACAGUGCAGACUGCAGCCUUGGCAAAAAUGGGAAAUAGUACAAAGUGUUUGCUAGAGAUAUUAGUACCUCCUCAGACACCACUAGAAGUCCUUGAAUACAAAGAAUUAGAUGUAUCCCAAUUUUUCGGCAAGUGUGAUAUGAUCCAUCUUCUCAUGUGGCAACUUCAAUGUAUGCAUCCAAACCCUUAUCCUAUUCCAGUUCUUAAUCACAGAGCUGCAUGGUCUAGUUGUAUUUCAAUACUGUUCAGGGUUUAUUUUUAUUUUUAAAAAAAUAAUAUUUAUUAAUAGUUUCAGAAUUAUAGGAAAAAAAUAAAAAAAUAAAAAACAACACUACACUACAAUACAUAAAAAAGAAGAAAAAAUGCAAAAACCAAUACAACAAUACAGCAAGAAGAUAAAAAAAAGAAAAAAAGGAAGAAAAAAAGACACAAAUCCCAAAUUACAAAUCUUUAACUUCCAUUUGCUUGUUUCAUUGACCUCCUCACACCUCCCUUUUUGUAUUCUAGUUUAAUUAGUUAUUUCAGCAAAUUCUUUCCAUCUUUCUCAAUUUUUGUUAAAUAAUUUAUCUUAACAAUUUAACCUAAUAAUUAGCUCAACAAAUCCUUUCCAUCUUUCCCCAUAUUCUGUUAUUCAAAUUACCUUAAUUUAUUUAACCUUAUCUUACCAUAAAAUACCUUAAAGCUUGAAUCUUAAUACUCAAAUAUACAUAACUCCUAAUAUCAUUUCUGCUAGAGUCAUAUAGUUUCAUUCCAACAUUUUCCCUAAUAUUCAUUGAUUUUAGGCUAAUUCCCUAAAUAAAAAAUUUUCUUUAUAAAUUUUCUUCCAAUCUUCAUCCAACGUCUCUUCUUCCUGGCCUCGGGUCGUGUCAGUCCUUACUGUCCAUUCCAUCUGGUCCAUCAACCUGGAAGUCUUAUGUCCGAGGCCCUUAAGUCUCUUCCAUGUCCCUUCUGCAGAUCUUCUUCUUCUUGUUUAUACUUGCCCUUUUCCUUGUCUUUUGUUGGUCUCUUUCUUAAUUUCUUUCCUUUCUCAUUGAGGAGUAGGUCUCUGGGGGAUUCCAACCCAAAAUUGUCUCCAUCUCCCUUCAUCAAACCCGCCCAUUCCCCACAGUCAUCAAUGUAUUCCAAAAAGUAUUUAUAAGCAUAUUUCAAGGUCUCUCGAAAGUUAGGAACCUCCUCAGCUCCAGACUGCCCCUGGCCCCCUCCAACUUCAAUCUUCAAUGACAGUGGCUUAUACUCCUGUAGGGCCUCGGGUCUCUCCAUUUGUAUUAUUUGAGGUGCAACCACAUCCUCCUCCAUUAUCUUCUGCACUUGCCCAGUCAGUACAGGUUCAUGAGUUGGUCCCUGAAUGGUUUCUGUAUCAAUGUUCCCUGUUUGUCCACAGUUAUUAACCACAACAGUCAUCAAGUCCAUUUUCUCAUUCAUCAAAUCCAUCUUCUCGUGCAUCUGUUCCAGCAAGGCACUUGUCUUGCAUAAAGCAAGCACCCAAUCUUCCUCCCAGCUCAUCUUUAGUCAAGGUCAGAAAAGACUGGUCCCACGAUCUUAAUCUCACAGCUGUUGAGUCCUCAAGUAUACUGCAGCAACAAUUUAACAAGCUCCCUCUAGAGGAGACAAUUUCUAUUUGUAUCCAUUUUUUUUUUUAAGGCAAGUCCAACAAAGGAAAAUUACUUUCAUUUUUCAGAUAUUUUUCAGAUAUUUUGUUUCUUUAGAAUGCAAAAGGCAACAUUGGAAUCAGUUUAUUUCUCUUCUUUAGCUAUCUGUCAAAGUAUUCCAUUCACAGUCAAUGAACCUCUCCAACUAUUUCUGUCUCUGACACCCCGUUCCCAGGUUAGAGACGGUGGAAACUUAUCCUUCUUCACUCCCUCUCCUGCAGGGGUUAAACAAAGUCCCCCCCCCCUUUUCUCCUGCUUCCAAGGGGGUUUCAGUGAUUCUAAAUGAAGGAAAUUUAGACCUUUUUAACAGCUUUCCAGGCUUUAGCUUACAAAGUUUUUGCUUUAGUCUAUAUACAAAAAGCGGAAGGCGGACUUCCUGUUUUGAACCUUCCCGCUUCGAUGCCAAAUUAAGAUAUUUCUUGAUCCAAUUUUCCGUUUCUACUCACGGGUACUUGUUUUAAAUCCAAUUGUCCACAGGAAAAAGUCAGCGCUCUCCGGCAAUGGCUGUGCGGCUUCACUCCGUGAAAAUAGCAAUCAGUUCGCACCGCGCCGCUCACCCCACUUCGCUCCGGCGCCCCAAAAUGGGGUUCCCAGUGAGUGGGGGGGCACUCCUGGUGCCCUGCCGAACCCCACGUUCCCAGGCUUCCUCCACCUGGGAUUUCUAGCGGGUCCCCACCUUCGCCGCGGUGGGAAAACCCAGUUUCCACGGAGCCCGUUCCUCCGGUCGGAGGAACUCCGCCAUUCACCGAUGGCGCUGACCCGGAAGUCCAAUACUGUUCAGGGUUUAAGUCCACCAAUUUAUCCAUCUGUAAGCUUUUAGUACUAAUUUUAAUUUAGUCUUGGUUCAGAUAGUAGUGUUUACUCUUCUUCCCUGCUCUCUCUUUGGGUAUAUAUUAUACACUUGUGUAUUUUAGUAUACUCUGAGACGUAGAAUAUUCCAGUAUAUCAUAGCAACAUAAAGUAAUAUAAGUACUAGGGGUGCAAGUCGGAUUAAUCUAAAAGCCUUUAAUUGACAAAAAGUUGGGCCCUGAUUACCGUAUUUUCCGCCCUAUAGGGCGCACCGGCCCAUAGGACGCACCUCGUUUUUGGGGGGGGAAAUGAAUAAAAAAAAAUUAUUCCCCCCCCAGCCGCGGCUGCAGCCCCAAGCCUUGCGCACACCUGCCCGAAGCACGGGGCGCCCUCCGGAGGGCUCCCCGUGCUUCGGGCUGCAGGCUGCCGCCCCAAGCCUCGCACGCCCAGCGGGACCUCCCGCCGGGCGCGCAAGGCUUGCGGACACUUCAGGAAGCUGCCCGCAAGCCUUGUGAGCCCGCGGGAACUCCCGCCGGGCUUGCAAGGCUUGCGGAUAGCUUCCUGAAGCCUGGAGAGCUAGAGGCAUCGGUGCGCACUGACCCCUCUCACUCUCCAGGCUUCAGCGAAAGCCUGCAUUCGCCCCAUAGGACGCACACACAUUUCCCCUUCAUUUUUGGAGGGGGAAAAGUGCGUCCUAUGGGGCGAAAAAUACGGUAGUAUUAUGUGCAACCUGUAACAGUGCCGGUUCUGCAUGUCAAAACAGUCAAUGGGGAUAUAAGGAACGUGAGGAAUAAGGGGAAGUAUGCACCCCCCCAAACAGUUGGCCAUAUGCAAAUUAAUACAGAUUUGAUUGACCAAGCAAUUAAAACACAAACGGUGGGUGACCUAUGAGUAUCCCUUAUAACACGCCACCAGGUCAGUUGUCUACCUAUCACUAUGUAGGAAUCUGGGGCUGCUGAAAAUACCAUGAAAAGUGCCAAGAAGGCAGAUGAUGAUGUACAAUAUCUGCAUUUUCUCCUACACUACUCCCUACCUGCUGUAAGGCAAAACUUUCUGAAUCACACAACAACAACAAAGAUUGGAUGAAGAGACCACAGAGAAACAGAGCAAGAGAAGUUGAGGCUGCACUCAGCUUCCCUGCUCUGGGAGAGAUGUAAAAUAUAUGUUUUGGUUGCUAGCUGGCAACUACCAGUUGCAUUCACACACCAAAUUGUCCAUUCCUUGGUAUGUUUGGGUAGUGCAUCAUCUGUGACCACUGUGAUCACUGAAUUGUGGGGUAGUGGUUGUUUCAUAUUCUGUGUCCAAGACUUCUUUGGAUUUCAUACAAGAGUGAUUAGUGAAACAUUAACAUGUCAGAAGCAGCAACAGUUUUCAAGCAAUGCUGAAGCAGAAAUGAGAUUUUCAAGCCUGAAACUAAUGUAACAUCAUAUUCUAAGUUUCUCAAUCUCUUAAAAAUGCAACCUGUGAAUGAUUUCUAAGUUGAUGAAAGGAAGAACUGAGGCAGGUGAGCUCUGAUGUAGAACAACAUUGGGCUUUUUUGUUGUACAGUGUUUAUCUUCUAAUAUAACGGCUUUGAAACAAUGCACUCCUAAUUUUCCAUUUCCUCAUUUUUGUGUACAUGAGCACAUGUGCCCACUGCUCCGGCUUGCGUCCCAGAGAGGCAGGGUGAACAUAAUGGGUGUAAAGCAAGAUUCAUCACUUGUGGAUGAAACGGCGCUCCUCGCUUAUCCUGGCUGCUCAUCAAGAUAGCUUUUCUCAGAGACAUUAGGCUUUACUUUCUGCAGCAAUAAAGCUGCCAAUAAAGCAAAAUUAAGGCAACAGCUAUAACAAACUCCAAGGAAAUUACCAGGUAGCCAUACAAGUACAGAGUUUUACUAGAUGUCCAUAUUUACUGUAAAUUAUUCAGUUUAAUUUGUAGAAAGAGCCAUCAUUCAGUGAUAGAGAAUGUGCUAUGCAGAUCAACUCCCUGGUGUCUUCAGGAUCUUUGGUAGAAUUUUCUGCUUGAAAUGUGAGUUGUUACAAGCUGCAUGAUACAGUUCUGAGCAUUUAUAAUGCAGAUGGACUAUAACACAAUAGUUGUGCAUAUGCUUUGUAUGCAGAAGUUCCCCGUUUCAAUUCCUGGCUUCUCUGGGUAGAAGGUGAGUUAGCAAAUGAUAGGAGAGGCCUCUGCUAGAGAGUCUCUGUGAAUCAGCAGUAGCCAAUGUUGGCUUAGAUGACAUGACUCAGUAUGUGGCAGAUCUAUUGGUUAAUAUGCUGACUGAAUAGAUAAUGCUGUAGGGCUUUUGUGAGUCAACUAAGCAGGCCUGGUUACAGAUUAAAGACCCUACUUCCUUUAUGCUAACUGCUUUGGGGCAAACAUUCAUGAUUACUGGAGCUUCCUAUCCAUGUAAUGAUAUACAAUUGAUUCUAAAGUUACAGUAAAUGUAAAAAAGUAUUGCAUGUCAUCUUUAAAUUACGCCCUUUCAGUAUUUACCCAGACUAAUUAUUCUGCUUCAUACUCAGUGCCUGAACAUAAUGAUCCACUGCUAUCCAAAUAAGAACCCUCUCUAUAGACGAGGAUUAAAGAUGUCUGUUAACUACAAUGUGGUUCUGUUGCUGCUCUUCUGUUCUAUGGAUUCUUCACUAUGCAUCACUUAAUUGAAUGGAAAGCACAGUCAUUCUGCUAUCAUUACUCAGCCUCUGAUUAGGUGUCACUAAACUAGCUCUUUGUGUAGUAUGAUUUAUUUAGCCUUGGAGUACAUGAAUGUAACUGCUAAUUAGAUUGAUAAAGCCUAUACAACAAUCAAUGUGUCUGAUCGACUUUUAAAUGUUGCACCAGUAUUAUGCAGAGACAUGGUAAAAAUCUAUGUGUAUCAGCAAGGAAAAUAACUAAUCCCUGUUUUAUUCCAUUACUAAUGGAAACAUAAUGGUCCAUGAAGCUCAUGAUCUUUCUUUGCCAACAAAAGAUUUCCCAGGGAGCUUUUCUUUUGCAAUUUUUUUCUGGGAUGAAGUUAAUCUAAGACCAGGAUGCAUUGGAACCAUUUUAUGCAAUAAACACUUGGCAAAUGGCAACUCCAUGGUGGUGUUUGUUUUACACUGGGGAGAGUUCUCAACCCCACCAAUCAUCCAACCCAGACAGCAUCAUUCUAUAUAUUUCCCACAUAUUUUAUUGAACGCAUCUGGCUUAAAAUUGAACCCCACGGAUCUCAUGUUGAGCUGUUCAAACUGAUUUUGGCUAUGUGAUCAACUUCACAGCAGUUGGAAGGUAGGUCAGGUCAAUGGCAUAAGCCAAACAUUUUGAAUUAAUAGACUAAUGAUAAAUUCCAGGUUAGCUGAAUUGCAACAGUUUCACUUUCUUAUACAGCAAGCCCAAAACUUAUACAGAGGUUAUGUUCUGGGGGUGGUGUGGUGCCUAAAGCCAAAAUCGCGUACUGUAUGGGGUUCAAUGGCUGGUGAGAUUGUCAAAGUCAUUUUUCUUUUCUGUCCCCUUUAAAAAAAAUUCUCUUCGUUUCUUUGCACAUAAAACUGAACACACACACACAUUAAAUCUGAAGCUCAGUGACACAGGUUGCUUACUAUCACAGUUCCAUUUUGCUGUCACAAUGCUGUCACAUGUUAAUGUGUUUCACAUGUUUAACUUUCUUCAUGCAAAAAUAAAAAUCAGAGUAAAAGUGAAGCUGCCCUAGGCUGUUUUCUGAAAAAAAUAUUAACUAGAAAUAAUCUUUAUUUCAGUCAAUAGGACACCUCCUUAUAAAAUGGUUUUAGAGUCAUGCCACUAUUAGUAAUGAGUAUGUGUCUGGCUUUCACCUAUUAUUUUGAGCAAAUUGCAAAUACUUCUGCAAUUUAGAGAUUACUGAUGUGUUUUAUAUUUUAAAUUUGUGUUGAGUAGCUGCGAUUUUGCCUGUGAGUAUGUUACAUAGAUUUGUUUAAUGUUGUUGGUUAUUUUAGAUUUUGCAAGCAUUACACAAUCUGUUCUGUGUUUGUUAUAUGGUUGGUAGAACACCCUGUUGCUGGGACUAUAAACUCUUUCUGCCUAAUAUGGGAGUGUGCAUCACCAAUUGGGGCUAACUGAAGUGAUGAAGGUGUGAGGUGUGGGGAUGGCAAGGUUCAUGGUCAGUAUUCUCCCUCUAGGAGGCUGGAAACAUUUUAAUUCCUUCACAGUGACUGACAGAGAAUGUAAUCCAAGCAGGCCAUAUUAUGCUUAUAGCUGUCAACUUUUCUGUUUUCUUGCGAGGAAUCCUAUUCAGAAUAAGGGAAUUUCCCUUUAAAAAAGGGAAACGUUGACAGCCAAGAUUAUGCUCCUUAUUCUCUUUAGCCAUCAGCUAAAGUCAGGCUGGCCACAUGACCCAGAAAAACCGUCUGCGGACAAACGUCGACUCCCUCGGCCAGUAAAGCGAGAUGAGCGCCGCAACCCCAGAGUCGUUCGCGACUGGACUUAACUGUCAGGGGUCCUUUACCUUUACCUUUUUAAAGGUUGAAAAAAACCUCUUCCAACCUAUGGGCGGAAAUUAAGCAGAUAUUGAUUUCAUGCUAUGUGUAGCCAAACAACAAACAAGCAGGAAGACAGCUUUCUGCUUAAAGCUGAAGCUUCCUAGUUGAUGGUUUGACAAACUAUAAGCAGCUAUGAGAGGCUUCAGAUUCAGCCAGCAUAAGCGCUCAGCUGGUUUGAGGAAGUUACAUGCUUCCUGCUGAACUGGGGUUGAGAAUGUAAGAAUGGCAUAGCCAUGGCUAAGCCGGGGGAGCCCCAGAUCCACCUACUCCACCCACUUAUUCCAGCAGAUUUUAGAUUUGAAUUGUGCUGUUAAGUCUUUGCAAAUACACUCACAACUUGACUAGUAAGAUUCUUUUUUUAAUUCUUUAAUCUGUGUCUUUCUACAGGAAAUCUCUUCCUCGAUGCCAAAGAAUUAACAGAAUGCUGUCCAAUGAAUCCUUGCGGCCUCCAGUGUACAGCCGCUCCAAUUCUCAAGCCUCUGUUGACAGCACUUCGAUGGAAGAUUUCUGGUGUGAGGUAGAAAAUAUCAAAGAGAACACAGAAGAUAGGCAAGAUGAGCAAACCCUAUUAGAUGUCAAGGCUCCGGAUGGUGUGUAUAGACACUUCAAAUACAUCCUUACAUGCGCUUGCCUUACAUUGUGCUGGCAAAAUGGGACUUCACCCCCUCUCCACCUGCGCCAUCCCCAGAUCUGCAUCAGAGAGGCAGGAGAGUGCCCAAAAUGGCAUGCAGGAGGAGGCGAGGGGUGAUGCACAAGAACUGCUUGUGCUGAUGGAAUGAUGUCCUUAGCACAUUAAAUACAACCCAUUACAUCUGCUUUAAAAUUGCAAAUUCUUUGAAAAACUCCCUGUUUUACAUAAAUAACUGGGUACAAUAUAUAAGUAGUAAAUUUCACAGCUUUCUGGACUGCACGUUAUAUGUGUAUAAAAUAUAGGUGUAGUAAUUUAAGAAAAAUGCAGGUGUUCAAUGAGUGGUGCAUGUAUUGGGCACAAUCCACCUGUGACAGUAUAGGCCACAGUCUGUGCCAUAAGAGAGGAGGGAGGGAGGCAAACACCAGGUAGCUCAGUCCCAUCCUUCACCAUUGCAACCACAUGGAUAUAUUUCCCCCCCCAAAAAAAAAAAAAAUCUUGAUCUGCUAAACAUUCCUUUGACAUCUGGAACAUUUCUAACUAAUCUCACAUUCUCUCUCUAUUGUGGGUAGACUGGUUAGGUAAUAAAUUAAUUAAACGUGGUGUGAAUAAGACCUCAUACAAACUCAGAUUUUUGUAGUUAACAGUUUUUUGAAAAUAUGUUCUUUUUUAAAAAGAAAACUUAAAAGUUUUAAAUAUCUUCUCUAUAGUCAUACAAGUUGUGGAAUUUUAUAAAGCUGCCCUAUAAUUCAUCAAAGGCUGCACCUUAAUCGGCUCACUCGUGUUUUUAAACAGUAACAUCUUUAAAAUCUUGGCAACUGUCCAGCCAGCAUUAAGGUCAUCUUUUCAGUCCCUCUGAUUUCAAGUGGAGUAAAUUCCCUGGAGCUAAGCAACUUUUUAACUCUCCCACUGAAAUCAGCGAAGCAGGCAGAAUGACCCAAAAUGUGUUCAUUUCUGAGUACUCCCACAUAGGUCAGUAGGACUUACUUCCUAGCAAGUCUGCUUAGCGUUGCAGGUUUUAAAGUGCUUAACGUUGCCUAGAUUAUGCCCAGGCUCUCUAAAUGUAUCCCAAACAGAGAUCCUUUAUAUAUUGUAUUUUUUAAAAAAGUAUGUGAAAGUGCCAUUGAGGCGACCUGGAGGUUAAAUAUCAGCUUGGAGACAGGAGAAUGAGUUAUUAGUCCUGUUUGUGGUCUUCCAAACAGUUUCAGAAGACGCAUACAGUUUCAUUGGCCUCAGGGGCCGAAUCAAUGAGUUGGUCAUGCUGCUAUACUGAGAUUGUGUUGAUAAAGAUUACGAGGAAGCAAUCUCUCAGGCUGGGAGAGGGAAAACUUCACUUUCUUGGAGCAGAUGGCAAUUUAAUUUUCUAUGUCUGUGUCUGCAAGACUAGUCCAACAUUUUCUGAGAGGCUUAAGAAUUGGCUGGAAUAUGAUUUUCUAAUUUCCUUUUUUAAUGUCUGUCACUUCUCUACUUUCCCCCCAAUAAAACUGUGGGUUCUGCUCAGCUAAAUCAUUGUUUAUGUGGAAAGAGUUUCAUGUGCACAAUGGAAUGUCCACCACCCUCUUUCCCCAUACAUCCUCCACUCCCCACUCCCCCAGUGAUCUUAACACUCUCUGCUUGCCUACGCUUUCAAGGCUUCCAUUGCCUGUUGGGGCCCAGCUCCCCAUUUGAGGAUCAACUGCCGCAUGCAGAUUUUAGGCCAGAUGUUCCAAGGAGCAGAACUUAUUAAGGACUUUUGUGCUGCUGCUGCUGCUGCUACUGCUUCCCUUUCCCACUCCUUAUUGCCAUAUUAACACAUGCCUACUCUUCCACAGAAGGGCAGCUGGAAGCUGAAUGGUUGCAAGAUGUCGGUCUGUCUACAUUAAUAUCAGGCUCUGAAGAGGAAGAUGGAGAAGCACUGCUGUCCACGCUGACCCGCACUCAAGCAGCGGCAGUGCAAAGGAGAUAUAACACCUAUACUCAAACCAUGAGAAAGAAGAAUAAACACGCAGUCAGAGAUGUGCGUGAUAUUUUUGGUAUUCAUGACACUCCUGUAAGUAGUAUGUUUAUUACUUCGGAAAUUGUUGGAACUUUCCUUUAUUAAGGAUAAGGGUUUGGUUUAAAGGGCCUUUGGGCAUACUAGUGUGCACCUAAAUGUUGAGGAAAUGCACUGAAAACACACCUUGAAUUUUCCAACCUGCAAGUUAAGCAAAUGUGCAUUUUUCCAGGAAAAAGUGCUGCAUCAGUUUGCUUAGCUUUGUAUAACCUGUCUCUAUUUAAGAGCCUAUACAUUAGAAGACUAUAUAAAGAUGGUAAUUAGUAGCAGAAACAAAAAUAUUCUGAUAAUCCUGAAUGUGCAGCAGAGGCAAACUUCUUUCCACCUGCCCUUGUGAUAUGGAUUCAUCUGAGGAACUGAUGCAUUGCAUCUGUAAUUCUGCCAAUUUCUCCCCUCUUUUUUUUUAUAUGGUGCUUAGUGCAUACCAGACCCCAGACACUCAUGCAUCUCUCUCACAUGCACACCACAGACCACCUGUCCCUUUCAAAACAGACCACCUAUACCUCCCUCCCACCGCCUUCUCUCCCCUCUCUUUCACACUCACACACAUAUAUAUCUUCCUUCCUCUGCCCACGUGCAUCUCUGCCUCAUCCAGACCACACUUACACCCGGCCCCCGUUCUCUCUGCCCAAGUGCAUUCAUCUCAGUUACACAUACAGAGUGUACUUGAGCACUUCCUACACACUUUCAUAGGUGAAGGAAGUGCAUGUCAUAAAAAAUAAUAAUAAUCAGCUGCCACCACCACCCAGGUGCCCAUUAGGUGCUGAUAUCUAUAAUAACGCAUCCCUUAAAAAUUAAAUCAUAGAACAAAGAUAAAACUCGACACAAACUUCAUAUUGCAUCUUUGUAUUAAUAAUUCCUAUGCUUUCUUGUCCUCAGCCCACAUUCGAGGCCAUACCAGUGUCACCUGUUGCAACCAAUGGUAUCCAACUUCCUGCACAGAAACCAGGUUGGGAAAAGGUUAACUGUAAGUACACACUAAACAAACAUGGGGAUUCUUGGUCCAUGGUAGCAUUGCCUUAUUUUAUAGGCUAUUAUCUAUUCAUAAUUAUCUCUGAGCAAGCCCUACCGAACUCACUGGGACUUCUGGUUUGAAACCCACUGCCAGUGUACUAAAUGAGCAAAAUAUUUGUGCUUUUAUUAGGUACUGCCAUUGGAAAAGUGCUUACGGACUAAUCCCAGUUAAUAUAGGUUGUGUUCGUAAAUGACAAAGGGCACAAUCCGGCUAAAAUGAAGCACUUUUAAGUUCCAUUAUUUCAGUGUUGGGGAGAAAAGCACAUGCAGCUUUCUGAUAACAGCACAGCUUCCAUCUUUUCUCCACUCCUUUUCCUCAUCUCUUCCUCUCUAGGUCAGGGGUAGCCAGUGUGAUGCCCUUCAUAUGUUCUGCUCUAUAAUUCCCAUUGCAUAUGGCUGUGGCUGGUUGAAAUUGUAGUUCAGCAACAACUGGAGAAAACUACUUUGGCUACCGCUGCUCUAGCCAAGCCAUUUCAGGUCCCUGGAUGCUGCACUGCUAAUGCUGUUAACACCAAGUCAAGAAAUGGGGUUAUCUUGCUCCAUCGCUCAGUGGUAGCAAUAGCAGGAGCAGCAUUCUUCUGGGUACUCUGCCGGUAAUGCACAAAGAAUUAUCUAGGUUUCACCUAAUGGAGCUGGUGUGCUGAAUGCUCUAGCCCAUGCUUCGCAGGAGGGAUGCACAGAAUUGCAUUUCUUGGAAUUCCCUUACCCAAGUGUUGCUUUCAUCGCUAAUGCCAUAGCAAUAAGCCAUUAAGUGCCUCACCAUUUCUUCAUUGUCAGAUGCUGUGUCUGUAUCAGAAACUCAGUAAAGAAUGGAAAGGAGAUUUCAGUUACAAAUAUAUGCAAGGCUUAUGUGAAUCUGCAAAUGGCCUCCAUCUAUAGUUAGCCUUCACUGUAGGCAAACACUGAUGGUUUAAAACAAGAGUGAGGAAGCUGUGGCUGUCCCAGAUGUUGCUGGACUACAACACCCUCAUCUCUAACCAAUGGCUAUGCUGGCUGGGACUGAUGGGAGUUGGAGUCCAGCAACAAUGGAGAGCUAACUGUUUCCCACCCCAGUUUAAAGAUCUUCUGACUGGAAUGAUUGCUGCUUUCUCAGUGGCUAGCAGUUUCUUUCUCUGUUACUCCUCCACAGAGAACACAGUAUUCAUUAAAAAUAUCUCUUAAUUUUAGCUGGUAGCUGCCUAGAAUGUGAAUUUGAGAAAGACAGUCAGUUGGUGAAAGAAGAGCUGUCUUUUGACGUCUCCUUCUCUGAAUCAAUUGUGGUUAUUCCAAAGCACAGAGAAUGGCACAAAAACCAAAGAUUAAGAAAGGAUGAAUCUUCCUUGCCUGUAAGUUGAAGCUCUUCCUAUUUUGACAUUAUUUAAUCCUUCAGUUGGUUUCUGCUUUCUACUACAAUGGCUAUCUUAAAAAAAGAUUACAGUACCUUGUGUGUCUUUUUGUUGGGGUUGUGGGAGGGAGCAGACCUUGUUUUAAAUGUUAUGGUUGUGACAGUUUUAUCUGUGGUAUUUAUCUUGUUAAGUUGCUUUGAGACUUCUUAUUUUGUAUAAAGUGACUUACAACUAUAAACAACAACAACAACAACAACAACAACGAUGAUAAUAAUAAGAAUAAUAAUAAUGUUUGUUGGGUAGCUGCUGGAAUACUGGGGAUGGUUACUGGGUGAGUAACAAGUUGCAUAGAUGAAGCUACCAAAAUUGCCCACCUUGGGACUUGCCUUGUUUUGGACGACUCACAAUAUUUUCAUGUUGGAACAAAAGAAGCAUUGCCCCUGACAGAAGUAUGCCUCAGUAGCAAAUUACAAAAGACAAGAGAUAAUCUGUUCAUUUACUUCUUCCUUGAGUCCACUUCAUCACCUCCUUUUCUUUUUGUUAAAAAGAAAUGCCUAAUAAAGUCAAAGCAUUGUUCAUGGAUCAAUUUUAACAUCAGUAAAGCUGGAUCAAAAUCAAAGUAUGCCCUGAAGAAUGGGUGCUGCCUCAAGAAUUCAUCCAUUCAUUCCAUUUCUCUACCACUUUAUAUUAUUGCGGGGGGGGGGACUCAAUGCGGUUUACAACCUACAUUAAAACAUCAAAUAAAACAUUACAGAAGAAAAUCAAAUAUUUAAAAAAUGCAUUCAGAGCAACAUAAUUGACAGGAAACUAUUAUCUUAAAAUAUUUCAAAAUGAGACAUUACAAAGGAAGGUCAAGUAUAUAAUACACAUUUAAUGACAAAGUGGCAAAAUUGUGAGGGAAAUCCCAUAAUAUAAAAAACAUGAACAAAUAGCUUUUUCCCCCUUACUGUUAAACAAAAUUUUAAAAGGAUGAAUGCCAUAAUUCAUUGCCCUGCCAAGCUGUGUAGCUGGACCACUAUAGCUCUCUCCUAAUAUUUUCAAAAUAGAGUUUCAUUUAUGUAAAUAAUGCAUGAAUUCAGUUCUCAGUGGGUUUCUUUGCCCUUCAACAUUAAAGUAAUUUAUUGUAAUUGAAUAAUGCAGGCAAGAUGGCCUGUGUUCAGACAUUCUUGAUCUUAGUCCUGUACCAAAGCCAUUAGACUUCCACCCCUCAGCUUUCCCUGGGGAAACCUGUAUUUGUAUUCAUACCAAAUUACUUCAGAGGUUCUCAUAAGAUGGGGAAAGGCAGAAACUGCCCUUCCACACAUGUAGCCUAUUAUCUGUAGACUUUUGUAACUGGUUGGAUGUCCUCUUAUCAAUCUGUGGAAGUAAAAUAUCAGAUGAUUUCUAAAACCACAAACCAUACAUAUGAAUGUAGGGUCCAAAGAAGUAUGGAGCUUUCUGUAAGCUCUCUGCUUGAACACUUUGCAAUACUACAGGGUGUGCUUCUGCCCUUGCCUAUAAAGUUAAUGUAGAAUCCAUUCUGCCACCCUCUGCCAACCUGGUACCCUCCAGAAGUUUUUUUACUACAAUUCCUGGCAACCCAUUUGUGCCAAAACACCUGGAAGCCCCAAGCUGCCAAGCUGCCAUGGUAAAACUGUAACAGUAUUUCCCCCCGAUGCUGUAUGUGAAUGCAUGUUGUCUUUAUAAAGUGGGAGAUAUUUAGCCCAAUAUUUGGAAGGAAAGCCCACUAUGUUUAAUGGGGUUUACACCAAAACAUGUUUCAUAGGAUUACAGCUUUGAUGGCAUAAUUACAUUCUUAAGUCAUAACUUAAGAUUUCAGUAGUAGCACAAACAUAUUUUAAGAUGAGAUUUUGCUCUCUCACACAAAAAAAAGAUUAAUAUUUUUUCCAACUUUUAAUUAAAGCAAUUCUUUAACAUAUAUUAUAGAACUUUACGAUUAGGAAAAGCCGUUUUGGACUGACGGAAGUUGGAGAUUUGUCUCUUGAUGACAUGAAGAAAAUUCGCUAUCUCUCUCUGAUUGAGCUAACAGCCUUCUAUGAUGCUUUAGGAAUAGAGCUGAAGAGGAACCGAACAGAAAGAGUCAAAGGACGAGGUAACUGCAUGAAACCGUGGCUAAUAAAUAAAAAAUAAAAGCAAAGGCUUCUGAGAAUUUUAUUACUCAGUAAGGCUUUUUUUUAAAAAAAAUGUCUUUUUAUUUUACAUUUUACAUUUUUUUAUUAAAUUACACAAUACAAAUAUGCAGUAAGAAAAAUAAAGAGAUUGCAAGCUAUUAUCUCUAUAUACACUAAAAUACAAUAUCAUAGGCGAGUCUACAUUUUUAUUGCUUUUUUAAAUUGCAAAUUCAUUAAAGAAAAAGGAAGUAAAACCUGAAAGGAAAAAGGGAAAAAAAUAACCAUAAGGACACACACACACACACCCCAUCUCACAUUAACAAUGCAUUUAAAAACCAAUACAUCCAUCUUAGGUUACACAUUUUGAUCAAUAAAUAUGUAUCCAAGUGAAGUUGGGUUUAUAGAAAGUAUACUCAGAAGUGUGUUAAGGGCAUCAAACCAUUGCAUAAUAGAUGGCAAGUAUUCUUCCAAGUUUUAAGUACAAGUCUCUUAGCGACUAUUAGACCAUAGCAGCCAUAAGAUCUAUUCUGGUCCUGCUGUUAAUCCCGAUACAGUAAGAAUAUAAUUUAAAAGUACGUUACCAUCCACAAAUUUCAAGGAUUUUGCCAAUACAAAACUGAUAAUUAGAGGAAAGAUAUAUCUCAUGGAUGCAUUCUUUUCAUCUUGGUGUCUAUAUAUACAUUUAUAUUUACUAUCCCUUGUUUUGGCACUUUUAAGUGUAUAUUUUUAGAACCUACUUGAUUUUAAAUAUUGUGUUGUACAGGUGUUUUUUUAAGGAGGGAUAAUUAAUAGUAGUAGUAGCAACAAGGUAUUAUAUAAAUCUGUUACCUAAAUGUUUCUGAUGGUGACUAACAGUAUAUAAAUGCUAAUUGAUGUAUUUAUUGACUCAGGGUUUAUAAAACAAAAGACCAAACAGGAAAGGAGGAGGAGGAGGAGGAGUAUUAUAUGUAAAUGAUAUAUACACAUGUGAAGAGAUCCAUGACCUGGAGCAUGAGAUUUAUAGUAUAUAAAUCACAAUUAUAGGGGAGGGAAACAACAGUGGCCUUACUGUUAUAGACCGCCAAGACUAUAGACUGAAGACUUGGAUUAUGCCUUCCUACAGCAGAUUACCAAACAUUUAAAAAGGAGAAAUAUAGUAGUCAUGGGAGACUUCAACUACCCCAAUAUCUGUUGGAACUCAAAGUCUGCCAAGAAUAUAAGGCCCAACAAAUUCCCCAAUUGCCCUGCUGACAAUUUCAUUUCCCAAAAGAUGGAAGAAGCAACAAAGGAAUCAUCUAUCUUGGACCUGGUCCUUAGCAACAGGGAGGAACUGAUCGAGGAAGUGGAAGUAUUGGGAACCUUGGGUGGAAGUGAUAAUGUCCUCUUGCACAGGCAAGGGAAAGCUGACUGUAGUUGGACAUGCUCUCUGAACUUUAAGAAGGCUGAUUUCUGAAAUGCUGAAGGAACUACUGGGUGAGAUCCCAUGGUCAGAAAUACUCCAUGAAAAGGGAGUCCAAGGUGGAUGGGAGUUUCUUAAAUGUGAAAUAUUAGAGGUACAAUUGCAGACAAUUCCAACAAGAAAGAAAAGUGAGGGCAUGUAAAGCAGAUGCAGCUUACAGAUGGGGUGAGAAGGAUAUGUAUAAGAAACUGAAGAAAGGGGAAAUCCUGAAGAAAUAGUGUACACAAGUAGCCAACAGUUGCAGGGAGAAAGUCAGGCAGGCCCAAGCUCAGAAUCAGCUCAGGCUUGUAAGAGAGGUUAGAAAAAAUAACAAUAAAGGUUUCUUUGGCUAUGUUUGAAGCAAGAGGAAGAAUAAACUAGUAGCAGGUCCUCUGCAUGGAGAAGAAAGAGAAAUGCUAUUGGCUGACAGAAAGAAGUUGGAACUUCUCAACAUCUACUUUGCCUCUGUCUUCACCUAAAACAAAAGCAGUGAGCAACCUGGUGAUAACAGAAUAAAUGAUGCAAGGAGGGAACUACAGCUGAAAAUACAAAAAGAGGUGGAAAGGGAACACAUAGCUACAUUAAAUGAAUUCAAAUCUCCAGGACCUGGUGAGGUGCACCCAAAGGUGCUAAAGAAGCUUACAGGUGUAAUCUCAGAGCCUCUGUCUAUAAUCUUUGUGAAUUCUUGAAGAACAGGUCCCUGCAGUCUGGAGGUGGGCAAAUGUUGUCCCCAUCUUCAAAAAAGGGAAAUAACAGGAUCCAGGUAACUCCAGACUGGUGAGCUUGGCGUUGAUACCAGGAAAGAUAAUCACAAAGUCAGUCUGUGAGCAGUUAGCAAAAGACCCAGCAUGGGUUUCUUAAAAACAAAUCAUGCCAAACGAAUCUCAUUUCUUUCUUUUUUGAUAUAAAUUACAAGCUUGAUGGAUCUAGGGAAUGCUGGGGAUGUAGUGUAGCUUGAAUUCAGUAAGGCUUUUGACAAAGUUCCCCAUGAUAUUAGAGCAGAGAAGCUGGUAGAAUGUGGGCUGGAUGAAGUAACUCUUAGGUUUGUUGACUUAUAGAACUUAAAUUGAUAGCGCUUCACAGGACUUUACUGUAUAAUUUCCCCCUAUUUAUUGUUCAGAUUUUUUUCUUUUCUUUGGUUGUUCCUUUAACUGAUAUGUGAGUAAUUUACGCCAUUUGUCAGCAACAUGUUAUUAAUCAAGAGUCUCUCAUUUUAAAUUCUCUUUCUAAAGAAAAUGGCCUUUUUGGUGUUCCACUAGCAGUCCUGCUGGAAAAUGAUCAGAAGAAGAUUCCUGGAAUAAAAGUUCCUCUCAUCUUUCAGAAAGUGAGUGGAGCAAACUGACUUCAGUUCCUCCCUCUUUGUGUAAAUGUAUCUUUCACUUUAGAUGCAUUUGAGCUUGAAUCUUUAUUGUGAGGUUUGAGAAAAAUAAGUGGGGUGACUUCUCAUAUAAUUAAUCCAAUUCAAUGUGCUGGUGAUGACCUUUAAAGUCAUAUUAAAAUAUAUGGGACCAGGUGAACUGAGGAUUACUUUUACUUGUACCAAACUGCCCAUAUCUCAAGAUCUACCUCUCAGGCCCUUUGGAUUUCCAGCGCCGUGGAAGCGAGUCCCUUUAGGGCAGCAUGCAAGCGGGCACCUCAGAUCGGGGAUUGCUCAUGGGCCAGUCAAAUGAUCUCCAUGGGCCUCUUCCAGCCCAUGGGCCUUAGGUUGGUGAUCCCUGGUUUAGGGUUUUAUGGCAUUUGUUGACAUUUAUUACAUUUUUGGUCCUCAAGAUGCCAUGAGAUACUUUGUUCUUUAAUUUCACCUAAAAACUAGGAUCUUCUUGUAUAAAAAGCUGUACAGUGACUGGAGUAUCUAACUAUUUAUAUAAAAAUAGUGGAAGCUAUCUAGCCAAUGAAAGAAAAAUUACUAACUCUACGCUAGCUUUGCAGCCUUACCAUUUCAUGUUUUCAGAGACUUGAGUGUUCAACAAAUUGUGAAUGUUUCAUUUCUGCACCAACAAACAGUAUCUUUUGUCUGUGGCGCUUUAGCUGUUGCUCAAGCUUGAAGAGACGGGUCUGGAAACUGAAGGAAUUCUUCGAGUGCCUGGAUCUGCUUCAAGAGUUAAAGUACGUAGGUUUUUCUCACCUAUUUUAAAAGACCAACGAAGCUUUCAAAGACAGAAAGUGGGCAAGCUGUAUAAAAGCAUUUGCUCGUGUAAAGCUGCAUAAAUCUAUUUUGUAUAACUAGUGCUUGCUUGAACUCAAGCCCACUGAAACUGAUAGGUCAAGAUUCAGCUAAACUGGACUGUGUGUGACCAAGAUGGGGAAAAGAAUGAAGACAAAAUACUUAGGAGACAAGGUUUCAUUGUUGAAGAGCAGCUAUUGACACUGAAAAUGCAAGCUGGCAACCGAGUGAGGUGGAUGCCCCUCACCAAGGCCUCAGCUCCUGAGCAGCUGGUCAUGGGAUUUCAGAUUUUUGAAGAAGGACCAGAUGCAUACUGCCCUGGCUGUUACAUGGAGGAGGAGAACUCGGACCCGUUUCCACACAUGACUUCUCAUUCACUUCCUCUGCACCUUAGGCCUCUAACUGCUUGAGGCACAAAUCUUGAAAGAUUUUACUAAUUUUUUAUAAUCAUCCCUGACCUUUAAUUUCCCUACAUCAGUAUGAGAUGUGCAGUAACCACCCUUUUGUAAAUUCUUCUUUAAGCCAUUCUAAUAUUCCACAAUGAACUUAAGACCAGCAUGUAAAAUCUAAUCCUGCUCAAAACAACCCUAUCAAAACUCUUUAUUUUCUUUUUUCCCUCAAGCUCCCUGCCAACCACCACACAAAGUCAGACUGUUGCUACACAUUGUGUCUUUUGAGAAUGAUUAGCGAAUACAGUUUUAAGUUGUCCUUUGGUCGUGGUGUUUUUUUAAAAACAUAACUUACAAUUACUAGCAGGGUAACAUGACUAGUUUUUUAAAUUUAUACAUACAUGGUUUUGAAGUGGUUACAUGAGAGUCAUCAGAAUUCCAUUCCAGGCCACAUAACUUUCCAGAUGCAUUUCAGCCCAUGCCAGCGACAUAAAUUUUUAUGUUUUGGUUUGUUUGUAAUCAAUUUCCUCCCUGCAUUCUUUCUCCUUAAAAGGCACAAUUAAAGCCCUUGUCUUUCUUUUGUUUUUAGCAAUGUUGUCUGGUUUGUUUUGGAAGGACCCAGCCAGCUUAUGUCACUCUGACUGCACACAUUUUCUGUCUUUGUGGUGUGGGGAAUAAAAAUAUUUGGGAUUUGUUGCCCGAGUCCCAAGUUGGAGUUCCCUUGUGCCUAAUAUUUAUUUAUUGUUUUGGCACAUAAAGGGUGUGUCCUGAGGGCUGUGUCUAAUUUCCUCCAUGUACCGACCACCCCUGAAUUGGAACAUCUGCCACCUAUCAACAAAAGCAUGUUAGUCUGCAUUUUGACAGUUAACAGCUGAGAAUUAUGGCUUUGUUUUUUAAAAAGCUACCUAAAUAGGUACUAGAUCAUAUUCAAGCCAUAUAAGAUGAUUUUCAGAAGCUUAAAUUUAAUAAGAGAAAGAUUUGUUUAUUUUUAUUCUAGUGUUUGCUUUGAUUCAGGAUGUUACAUUCUUGCCAAACAGGAUAUGGCAAAAUUAAAAAGGCAGAAUUCUCUUUAUUAGCAGUAAUUUAUAAAUGCCAUUUUUGCCUUGUCCUGUAGAGCCUUCGCCAAGAAAUUGAAGCAAAAUUUGAUGAAGAUACAUUUGACUGGGAUCAGGUACGCAACAAUGAUGCAGCAGGUCUGCUGAAGAUGUUUAUACGAGACCUUCCAAGCCCACUCUUCACUGUGGAAUAUCUGCCUGCUUUCAUCACUUUAGUGGAGAGUAAGUAGAAUGGAAUUAAAGUUGUUGAAUUGUUGUUUUUAAAAGCAAGUCAGAGGGAGCAGGAAAAACUUCAUACAUUGUCUCUGCAUCCUCCAGUCAAUAUAAGACCCUGAAUACAGACCAUUUGAAGACUUAAAUCUGCCAGAAAAUGGCAAUCCCAAUAUAUAUUUUACAGAGAAGAGUUUAUAUGGUGAACUGAGACUAACAGAACAAUAAAUCUAUGACCUAAUGAUAACUGGGGGCUGAACACCAUUAAACAAUGUGACACACACACACAAAUUGAAAGUGAAUUAUAUUGUUUUACCUUGAGACUGAUAUGUACUAUGUUCUACAGAAGACUGCUUUGAACUCCAGGGCAGGCUUUCUGAGAUAUCAAAGAAGAGUUGAUGGGAAGCCUGCAGUGAAAGAUGUCCUGCUCGUGACCCAAAGGAUAAAGUAUGAAGGGAAUUUGUCCCUGAAUACAAGGCUUCCUUCUAAGAGACUUGCUCCUUUGAAAGCCAGACCAGACAUUUUCUGAUUUAAUUUAUGUAGGAUUAUCAGCCUGAUAGUGUGUGUAAAGAGGAGAGAGAAUGUUUACUCUUGAGUAAAUCCCACUGUUUUUUGGGGAAUGGGUUCAAACAACUAACUUUUACUCAGAGUAGACAUGCAGAAAUUAAUGGACUUGAGUUAAUCAUGGCUGUUAAUAUCGAUGGGUAAAAGUUAGUUUAAUACAACCUGCUGUGUGUAGGAUUAAAUUGAGAGAUUAAAUGCAGAGCUAAGGAGAUCACUCUGUCAGCUCAAGCAUUUCUGUUUGCCUGGUGGAAUGAUUUCCCCUCUCCUCCCCCCUUGUGCACUUCUGGGAGUUCCCCUUCCCACCCUCCUGGAAGGUGGGUGCAGAGGGAAGAAGAGGGAAAGCUCAGUUGUACUAGAAGAUGACAUUGCGCAGGCUUUUGCAUCCAGCCCAAAGCCAGUAUCUUAGGUAUUGCGGUAUUUUUUUAAAAAAACAAACCCCAAAUAUAAAUAUAAAGUGUUGGCUUUCCCCCAGAUGGUUCUUUAACAGACUUUCCCCCAUCAUUUUAUUCUUAGAAAUCUCCAAAGUCAAAUUACAGCUGCAAGCUUUGCAUUUGCUGAUCAUGUUGCUUCCCGAUGCCAGCAGGGACGCAGCCAAGGUAGGCACAUUGCUCAAUGAGGUUUGCCAUCUGUAUUUGUUUAUUUUUAAACGAGCCAAUUCUAUAUGUAGAACCUAGAAGCAAAAACUCCCCAAACUUGUCAUUUUCCUUUCCUCAGCUCGGGAAAAGGCUUUCCUGUGGGGAAAGCGUAGAGAAGGCUAGUUGAAUUAUUUCUGUAAUUAAUGGAGCUCCUUCUUUCGCAAGCUUACAAAAAUGCUCCGCAGCAAGGACUCUCAGUUUCUACACACACACACACACACACACACACACACAGCACUCACGUGAAAUGGCUGAAGCCCACCAGUCACAGAAUGGUGAUGCAAGGGCAGUGUCAGUCACAGAUUGGUGGCAAAUGAAGACAGUUUGGCAUAAUCAGCUGACAGUUACUGACAUAAUUGUCUACUCAUAUCUAAUUCACCAUUGGAAAUUACUAAAUUAUUUGCCACAGCAUUUUCCUUUGGCAAGGAGUUCCAUAGAUCCAGUUUUUCUCACGCUAAGCACAAACCUUUGCUCUGAAGGUAUUGUGACUCUGCUUCCCAAUUUACAAAGAAUGUGCCAUGCAGAGACUCUUAAGUGAAGAAGGCCUUUUAUAUAUUUUUGCCCUUUCCACUGUUGCAUACCUUUUGAUGUGUUUUUAACUGUCCUGUAAUUUCUCCUCCCCUUCUUUUUUCACACCCAGUUUUUAACUUUGCCUCACAACCCAAAAUACUGUUUGUUAUUAUUAAUAAUAAUAAAUAUCAACCUUUGAUUUCACUUUCUAAAUUCCUUCAACCCCUCUAGUCCUUUCCCCUCAAAGGAGAGAGACCUCCCUUCCCUCCUCUCCCCUGGAACUUCUUUGUCUCCCGGCCACCCUUUCGUCAGCAUGCAAGGAGAUGCUGUCCUUGGUCCAAUCAAAAGGCUAUAGCAUGGCUGUGGUGGCAAGAGAGGAGGCACUGGGAGGCUGUGGCAGCACUCAGGCCCACCUGAAAGUGGCCCAGAUCCCACCAGUAUGUCCACUGUUUUGGAAACAUACCUUUACACAAUAUGUUUAGUGGCAGUACAUGCAGGUCGACUUGAAUAACUUGUUAAAUAACAUCAAUGGCACCUUGAUUUGCUAUUCAUGAAUGAUUGUGCUAAUUAAUUUCAGGCAUCCUUUGAUGUUUAUUUUGCAAGUGCCACAAUUCAGUACUGAACUAAGCAUAAUUAAAUCCAUUGAAAAGUCAUCCCUAGCUUAUGUGUAACUCAGUAGAACAUGAGACUCUUAAUCUCAGUGUUGUGGGUUCAAGCCCCAUGUUGGGCAAAAGAUUCCUGCAUUGCAAGGGGUUCGACUAGAUGAUCCUCACAGUCCCUUCCAACUUCCAAUUCUAUGAUUUACUUUGGCUAAACUGAAUAAAAUUAAUAGCUAUGCAGGUCAGGAAACACCCUAAAGGGUCUCUGUGAUCCAGUAAAUUGAGUCUGAGUAGCCUUCUCUCUACUAGGCCCUUUUACAGUUCUUGAAGAAGGUGGUUGCAAAUGAAAGGAAAAACAAAAUGACUUUAUGGAAUGUAUCCAUGAUUGUUGCCCCAAACCUCUUCAUCUACAAAGGCAAACGUGCAAACCAAGAAGAGAUGCUAGCAGCAGCCACUACAGCACAUGUCGUGAGGCUUUUGAUUAAAUAUCAGGAGAUCCUGUGGAUGGUAAGCAAAAGUUUUUAUUCUGUCUUAUUAUUAAGGAUAAAUAGAGUCAUCACAUCUUCUUCGUAGAGCUCCUGUGAUUUUAACUGAUGGGUGCCGGGCAGAAUCCAACAGACGCAUAUUUUCAAAACAUGGAAAUGCAUUGAUGGAGAAUGCUUGUGGAGUUUAUUCCUUGUUUUUCUGAAGGCACCCCUGUAUCGGGUAGUUUUUCAUAUCUGAUGUUUUAUCAUGUUUUUAUAUAUACUGGAAACUGCCCAAAGUUGCUGGGCUGUAAAUAAUAUCAUCAAUCAAUCAAUCAAUCAAUUAUGCAAGCAAACUCUGAAGAAGCUCUGCCAAAAAGGUGAUAAAACUGAUGCUAGAGAAUAUGCUACCUUGAUAACUCCAAGCAGUUAAGAAUGUUUAUAAUGAUUUUUUUUUAAUGGAUAAAAUUCUGUUACUUGAAAAAUAUGGCAGCUAGGGCUUAAUUUAAAAUAGUUCUUUUUGUGUAUUAAGAUACGAAUGAAUUUCCAUACAGGUAUAGCUUUCCCGCUUGCAGGCUUUCCAGAUUACUCCUCUUGUUGUUGCACAGCAAUAUACUGGCUUUUCUGCAUACUGGUCUCUGCAUACCAGAUGAACAUUACUUCUCCAGGUUUGAUUUAAAUGACCAUGUUUCUUGACCAAGAAGAUCCACUUUUGAGGAUCAUCAGUGAUACCUCUCACACUUGUUUCUGAACAUUCAGUCUAGCUCUUGCAGUCUUGGAGACCCUAGCAAAUACAUAGUCUCUAGUUUUACAAAUGCUAAUUUCAGUUUCAUAGAAGUCUCAUGCUGAGGCGGCUAAUUUUUCAUACAAGCUGAACAAGUCCAGGCUGAGAACUAAUGCAGAUAUGUUUAGUAAUUUCACAGAAAUAAGAGACCGAAGUGCAAAAUAUAAAGCACACAGAGCAUUUAUAGGCAAACUAUUUCUUUUAAAGUAAUAAAUCAGGGGAACAGCUGUAGUAGAGGCACACAUGAAAGAUAUAUUUGUUAAAGCUUCUUUCUCUUAGUAUUUAGCAAGGAUUUGGGAAACCUAAGGCAGGAAGUCUGAGAAGCUGGAAGAAUGAUAACCCAGUAGUGACAAGCAUUUUUCAUCUAUAAUCUCUUUGAUUUGUCAUUAUGCAAGACCAUGAAGGCUGGGCUUGAUCCACCUUGUUACAAAUGGGACUUUUGAAGCUUUGUAAUAAGUGCACUGUUAGCAUGUCAAACUAUUGGUACGUUCAAGAACUUUGCAGUAGGAAAAAGGCUUAAAAGGGGAUAUUGCAGGAACUCAUCACCUUUCUCUGUAGAGAAUUAAGAAGCUGAAUAAGAAGCUGUAGAUUUACAGCCAGAACUGUUACUUCAGUUUCAGGGAUGAAAGCUAUGAUUGAUGAGAUAGUGCGGAAAAUGCCAUUUAAGAUUCUGCAUGCUUCUUUUCAGGAAGUUGAAAUGAGACCUCUGUUUUCAAGAUUGUACACUGGGAUUUUCUACAGUAGGAUUAUGUUCCAGGAGUGUGUGUGUGCACUGGGGUGGAAAGGCUUUUAGGAAGUAAUUUGUAAUGCAGACUCAGUUUUAUUUUCUCCCUUCUCUUUAGGUUCCAACAUUUCUGAUAUCUCAGGUGAGAAAGAUGAACGAAGCUGCCAUAAACAAUACAAAGAGACAGCUGAUGUUUGACAAGGGUGUGCGAAGGCUAUUGAGAAGAAAAACUAUGGAACGGGAGAGGCCUGAAAGAACAGAGGUGGUAUUAAUAUUUCUACUGUUUCUGGUGGUUAGUUAGUUGCAUUUAUUUCUUUUAAAUAAAAACUAUGCCAGAGGCAGUUCGCAACAAUGGCAUUAAAAGAAUGUGAUACAGGGAAGGCUGUUCUGGGGCUUUAUAGGAUGAAGCCAACACACUGAAUUGCGCCAGUGGCAAGGCUUUUCAACCACUGAAGGACAGAUGUAUUAUAAUUCGGGCAUGAACCCCAAUCCUUCCAUACAAGGGGCUCCAAGUGGAGUCUGAGACAUCAGCUGGAGCCUAGGACAUGCCUUGGUGUCUUCCUUCAGCGCUUUCCUUGCACAAGCCCUGCUCGGUGUUUUUGUUCUGUGUGGUUUUGCCCUUCUUAAGCAUUGUUUUAUUUUGCUUCUGUUUUUAUUUUAUUUUAUUGCUUUUAAAGUUUCUUUGAAUUUUGUUUUUAACUUACAUUAGCUGAAUUGUUUUCUGUUGCUAUCUACUUUUUUGGGGGGGUUCUCUAAAAUGCAGGGUAUAAAGUGUUAAAAUAUGAAUGAGUUAAGUAAUUAAGAGCCACCGACAGUCUACUCAAAAGACCCAGACAUGCCUUAAUUUAUUUCCAGGCAGUGCAAUUCUACUGGGCGGGUAGUGGCUGACACACCAAAUCAAAGUUCUGCUUGGGCUUGGGCUCCGUAGGGCAAAAGGUGGGAGGGGGAGAACAACCUAUCUCUGCCUCCACCCCCCCCCCGAUUCCUUUUAGAGUCUUUUUCAUUGGUCCCAGAGCUUUUCAGAAAAUGAAGACUAGAAGCUAUCCCAUAUUGUAUUAGAUGAAUGGAUGUUACUGCCUUUGAAAAGGAUUCUUUGCCCAACCAAUUUGUUGACUUUAGCAAGUUGUUUUUCUCCUCUGUUUCUACAGUCUGAUAUACCAGAAGGGGUGAUAAGAGUUCAUGCUCCAUUGCAUUCAAAAGUCUCUAUGGCAAUCCAGCUGAACAAUCAAACAAAAGCCAAAGAUAUUCUGGCACGGUUUUACUGUGAAAACAGGUGAGUAAAAGCAAGAAGAUGAGCAACAGCUCAUGGGAAGAUUUUGGAGGAGAACCAUACUAAUCUUGUCAUUAUUCCAACUUCAGUUUUAUCUAACUGUGUGAGGAGCAAGAGAAGCUUCCAUUCAUUCUUUACAUUCUUCUGACUGGUUAUACGUGCAAGUUUCACACAUGCAAGAGCUGACAAGAUUCAGGCUAAUGUAAAGCUGCCAGGUGAUUGCUUUGCAGGCACACAGUUUACAGCCCAAUUUGUUUUCACCAGUCAUCAAACAACUUCCAAUAAUUUGUUGGCUUUGGGCACCAAGCGACGACAGCUGAGACCAUUAUGGGAGACAGGUGAUGCAAGCCCAUCAGGGCACUCCGUAGGUGGUUAAAAUCCCAUCAGAUUAAACUUUACCACUACCAGCAGUCUGAGGAUAUGAUUGUUAAUGUUUUGUUUGUUUUCUUUUGUAGCCACGGAUCAUCAGAGAAGAUGCAGAUUCAAAGUUUACAUGAAAUCGGAGGAAAUAUAGGUUAGUGCUUAAAUUGAAACAAUAACAACCUUUUCUUCUAGAUUGGUUUUUAGAGAUGUGCCUAAAGUCAACUGUGAUGAGCAGCAAGCAAGGCAGAGUCAUCUAGCUUUGCCAGGCAAAAUUGACCCAUGAGCCACAUACUACUGAAAUAAUGGAAUCAUGGCGUAGCAUUAAAAGUCUCAUUCUGCUGCCUCAUGUAUAGCUUACCAUGAAAGUACUCCUGCCAGUACUCUAGCUGGAGUGGGUAAUAAAAGCAUCUGCCCAAGGCCCCAACCUGAGUAGGGACAAAAAUGGGCUUAAAAAAAAUUCUAAUUAUUUCAAUAAUUAUUAAAAUAAAGUCAAAUUUACAUAAUGUUGUAGUUUUUAAACAUUAAGAUAUGUUUUGAAUGUGAAAGAUGAAAACAAAUAGAACUUCUUGCUCACAGGCUUUGUUGAGGGACAGGUAGGAAGAGUGCAAUUUUUCAUUUUCUAUGUGUCUGCAGGAACACCCUUAAGACCUUUACGUAUGUCCAUUUAAUGCACAGAAAAUGAAUUUGUUCUUCCUUAUGCCCCAAUCCCCCUGUCUUCCCUGUUUAGAGAGUCCCCAGUUCAAACAGAAACUACAAGGCCAGCAGAUAAAUAUUUGUGGUGUUUACUGCAGUUAUGGGAGUUCCUGUACCCUGAUGGUUUUACUGAAUUUCGAGCAUCAUUCAAAGGCAAAAGGAGAUAUUUCAGGAAAUGUAGAAUUCACACAUUACAGCUAUGGAGGAUUUAUGUUGGAACAGGGAGAAGGAAAUCUGUGGCCUUCCAGUUGUUGCUGGACUGCAGCUCUUGUCAUCCUUGACUAUUAGCCUUCUGGUGGGGCCUGACGGCAGUUGUACUCCAAGCAGUAUACAGGGUGCUACAGGUUCCCUGUCCCUGAAUGAAAAAAUUGACUUUAUAAAAAUCUACCACAGCUUAUAAACAAAGCUAAAAACUUUUUUUUUUAAUCCUAUGUUUCUUUCAGGACAACACUGUUUGGAUCCAGAUGCUUACAUGCUGGAUGUUUACCAUGCAAAUCCUCAAGCGGAAUGGGUGAUAAAACCAAAAAUAAGUUGAAACUUGUAAAAAGACACCUUGGCAAAUCACUUCUGAAAAUGCCAAAAGGGUGGUUGAAAAGCUUCCACAUGAAGAAGAGCCAUCUUGCUAAGGAUGAAACCAAAGUAGUUGCUACUCUGCAUGAUCUUCUGAACAUAUUUUAUAAUAUUGUCCCUUCCGAUGCAUCAUACAACCCAACCUUAGGGUUUGUUAUAAUAAUUUAUUUUGAAAUGAGUACAUUUUAAUACUGGUUUUACUGGUGCCUGUUUCAACUGACAUGAAGGAAUAUAGAUAGAACUUUUUGUUUAACAGAAUAUAAAAACUGGAUUUUUUCCCUAUCUUGCCACCUGCCUUUUAUAUGGAAGAAAUUCUGAGGCCUCCCAGGAGACAAAGGAUGAACCACUAAUAACAAGCUAGUCAAAUGAAAAGAGGAAGUAUCAUUCAAUAUGGAAAAAGGCAGUGCCAAAAUUCUGUGACAACUUAUUCAUGUUGAAAGGAAAGCUUUUAUUGUCAAAUGUUAAUACCUGUGCCUCAGUUCUUAUUACUACUGCCAAUGAGAAGGGGGAAACUACUGUGUAAAGGCAUUUUUUUUUUUACUGUUAAUUUACUGUGCAUGUAUAUAAACAUAUAGGUAUUCAGCAUUUUAAUGGCAUUUCUUUGACUUUACCAAUGUUCAAAUUAAUGUGUAACAAAUAAUACAAGUUAAUUUGUAACACAUUCAUUUCACAUACUGUGCUAUUGAUUGAGCUACACGUGAACCACUUGGAAAGAACUAAAAGAUAGAUGGAGGCCUUGAUUGUUCAUGAAAUUUUCAAGUCUGCUUUAAAAAACCAGCCAUACUAUUAAGCAUUCUCAGCCUAUGAGAUGUGAUGACUUAUUUGACAGGUGCCCAUUCCUCCUUUUAUUUCUUUUGCUUUUUAAUUUUGAACCAACAGUGUUUAAAACAAUGGCUUCUCUUUCACGUUUAUUGAAAUAUGGGAGAAGUGAUCUUAGAUUCUUUUAAUCAGAGCCUUAAUGAAGUGUGUUUUUAGUAAGAGGCAUUUUAGACCAUUGGUUUUCAUCUGUUGGGUUCGGGGCCCAUUACUGCAGAAGUAGAUGUUGCAGAUUGCAGGUCUCAUCAGCCACUGCCAGCAUGAUCAAUCGCUUAAGGAUAAUAGAAGGUGUAAGUUCGACAUUGGCUACCCCUUCACUAUCAGGUCCCAGCCUGAUCUAAGAUGGGUCACAACUGCAGCACUAUCACCAUAUAAAUAUAUGGAUAAAAAAGAGAAAUGAGUCUCCAGACACAUGUCGGUAUUAAAGGUCCCAGGUCUGAAAACAUUGAAGGCUAUUUGUAUAAACUUUGGCGAAAUCCAGACAACACUGAGCACUUUUAACUGGAGAAUUGAGUAUGUGCUUAAAUCUCUUGCAUAACAAGAAAAAGAAAAGUGCCUAAUGUUGGCUGAAUUAGGCCUUUAAUUAAGUUGAAUUAAAUAGAUUUAGGGAGAAAUCUGGAUGUCCAAUGAGAGGUAUUAACUGACUGAUGGUUGCAAUAGGAGGCUAGUUCUGCGGCAUGAAUCUAUAUUUCCAUUUUUAUUCCUAUCUGUAGAAAGAUUUUUGUGGGUUUUUUGGUAAACCUCAUAAGAUGCAAAGCAGAAUCUCAUUUAAAUUCAAAUACUUACUGCACAGUUAAUUCAAUGUGGUUUGGUUUUCUUUUAAAAAGCUGGGCUGUGGGCCAUGGAAAGGAAGACGUGUGGGUAUUUUGAGCUAUAACUAGCAAGUGCACUAACUCAAUAGGCCUCGGCAUAGUUUUUUCCCGGAUGGCAUUGAACAAUGGGAAUCCUAUUGAUUUCAUUAAAUGAAAUCAAUGUAGCAUAUAUUGAUGUAGUAACUUUUGGAUAUAGGGGGACAAUUCAAAACAUUUAGAGGGAUAUUAGGCAGAGAUGGCACAAAGUUUACACUCCAUGGGCUGUAUCCAAUGCUGCACCAGCAGGACUCUCCUUAUGUACUGAUUUUGAAGGCAUGCAGGAGUUGGAGGGGACAGGAGAGAAAGCUUUGUUGUGUGCCCAGGAGUGAGUGGAGAGCCUGUGAUUGUACAAAACAGAAUAAAUUUCUUAAAAGGCUUCUCAGCCUUUUGGCUAAGAUCAAGUGAAGUACUGGAACGUUCUAUAACAAUCAGUUGCUCAUGUCUUAACAGUGCAAACUACCUCAUUGUAUUUUUAUUUUUUUUAGACUAAUACAUGCUCACAGCACCUUUGCAUUUAAUCCGAAAGGACCCAAAUACCCAGUCUGCCCUGAUCAGCUGUUCAUUGGGUGGGCGGAUUUCAUCAGCUGCUUCCUCACUACAUGUGAUCAGUGCUAACUAAACUGCCCCUCUGGAGGUGUGCACACAGCUUGGGGGCAAAAUGUGGGGACAUUCAGCUUGUGGGUUCUACUUUCCCUUCACUACAAGCUUACUGAGUUCUUAAUAAUUUUUAUUUGCAUGUAUGAACGUGUGCUAAAUUGCCACAGGAGUGAAAGGCAAGGUUAAGAGAAUGCAUUUUCCGCUCUUGACUCUACCUUUCCAACCUGGUCUUUUUCGAUGUUCAUGUGUUAUAAGCUUAUCUGUGUGUUUUUAACAGCCGAAGCUCUCUUCCCCUUCAGUGUCAUGAAGUGCUAUCUGGUUCACACAAUGCUUGUCUUUUAUCUAACUACCCAACGUUCAAUCAGCUGGAACUAUAUCAGUGUUUAUUUCCUGUGCCACUAUUUACCUCUCUGCACAUGACCAAGUAUUUUCCACCAGUGCUUCUUUCCAAUGCUUUCCAUUUCAGUUUGUCAACUACUCAUAUCUGUAUGGUCAUGGAAAGAGCCAUCUUCCCAUAUUUUCCUUUUUACCCUAUGGAAGAUUUGAACCCAGUUUUUCAACUGAGCCAUUCACUUUCCACAACAGGAUCAGGGUCAAGAUGGGGCAGCACAACUGGAAAGGUGCUGUGCCAACCACACUUGCCUCUUCUAACCUACCCCACAGUGCAUCAGAAACUACAAAAAUUUCCUCAGUGGAAGACAGACACUGGGAUGGAAGUAAACAGAUACUGGAGAGCUCUAGCUGUCAAUUUGGUCAGCUCUUAAGCUGCAAAGGAUACUCUCCCAUUGUCAGUUAAAGGACCCCAGGAAAGGUGGGCAAAUUAUUCCCGUAAUCAAGCCAACUUUGUUCUUUUUAUAAACACUAGCAGCCUUGUAUACCUGGCCUUGCUUGGGAAUUCUGAGGAACCAAAAAAAAUCACUGCAGUUCUGACAUCAAAUAAGUGCAGUUUUAAAAGGUUCAUGAGGCCAUCUUGAUUCAUCUAACAUGGAUGAAAAAGCCUGCUCCUUGAUCUCAGGAAGCAUCAUGCAAAAUUUGGUUAUGAUAUCUUAACAACUUUCCAAAAUGUAGACACAUACACCCCUUUAAGUUGCAAGCAAACAGUAUCACUUGUACCAUAUAUUAUCUUAGGCAGAAAGUGAAAUUGGGCUCUGGGGUAAUGUUCCUAAUGGUGCUUAUCCCCACAACCCAAUUUCCCCCCACCUAUCAUAUAGGCCCCAGAACAGAGAGAAGCAAACAAAAAGCUGCUUGCUUCCCUUCAGCCUAGCUGACAGCAGGUACAGCUAGUGACCUGCACCUACACACUGCUGUUGUCCUGGCUGCAUGAAGGCAAGUGUGCAUUGGCUGCUCUUUUCCUCCAAUUCAUAUGACAGAAGGCAAGGAUGCCCCACCCCACCCCAGAUUUUAAUAUUUGUAUAGCUGCAGGCAUUCCCUUCUAUUGCAACAUCCAUUUUUCAAUUAUAUAGGGAGUGGAAACUAUAAUUCUGCAGUUUUUAUGUAUUCUUUUCCAUGGUUAAAUCUGGACUUUAGCUAACGUUUAACGUGUUAAGUGUCUUAAGUAUUGUACUAGAUUAAAAAAACCAACCUCUGCACUUUCAUUUCUGUUCAUACUGAAUUCAGCUGGAAGCUAAUGUCAGAGGCAUAUCACUUUUUAAAGCAGUCCUUAAAAAAUAAUAAUACACUAGUAGUAUUUAAACACUCCUUUAAAAUGAAAUCUGUUAGCAUCUGUUUUCAUUGACCAUCUGUUGUGAAUGUUUGAUUACAGCAUUCUGACUAAACACAGAGGAUUUAGAAAGUAGAGCAUGUGUGUACUUAAUUCAGGAAAACAAUUAAAAUGCUAUCAACUAAACCUCUUACAUUCUUUCUUGCAUCUUGUAUUUAAAACAUGGCUUCCUGAAAAUGAGUGACUUAAAAGUGAAAUGCAUAAAAAGGACUUGAUAUAUAGGUUUACUUAGAUUAAUCUUGUAUUCCUAAUCCAAAUAAAUAAGAUAUUUUGUUGUG